GGAAACUUCUCCCAAGAGCCAUGAGAGUUAAAUGUUCAGAGGAAGCAUAUCUCUGAACAGCAGUUGUGGGCUUGCUGCACAAUGGGAACAACGGACGGAGGAGGCCAGCUGUAGAGGCAGCAUUGGAUCUGCCGUCUUUAGGGACGCUGCCGCCCGAGGCAGUCGCCUCACCUUGCCUGAUGAAUGGGCCAGUCCCCAUGAGCGGUUUCGGUGCUGGCUUUGAGCAUGACGGUUUCAAAGAACCGCAACUGAGAAGGUGCAUUGCAUUUGCUGGAGUCCCCGCCUCCCCGCCCCCCAAAUCGUUCCCACGCAUUUGAACGGUUGCCAUUGCGAGGUGGCGGACUCUCCUUCUUCGGAGGCUUUUAUGCAGAGGGUGGAUGGCCGCCUGUCAUGGAUGCUUUGGCAGAGAUUCCUGCAUUUCACGAGGCUGGACUAGAUGACCCUAGGGGGAGUUCCUCCUAACACUAGGAUUUGCAACGGGACCUGGGAACGCGGACGAGAAUGCCCGCUGGACGUGCCCACAGAGAACCGGAAGUAUUGAGCACCGGCUCGUUUUCACCACCUCUUUGGUUUUACAAUGCCUUUGUGCUUGGGAGGCCGUUCCUCCUCCCCUCCCCUUUCGCACCUUGUGCGCAGGCGCAAAGCGCGCGCCGCGCAGGUUGGGCGGCGACGCACGCGGCUCCCGAUACGCUCUCUUUCCUCCUUCCCUCCCUCCCUCCCGGCGUCGACGGACGGACGGGCCGGCGGCGCGCAUGCGCCGUAGCGCGUUGCCGUUGCCGCCGCCGUUGCUGCUGUGUAUGCCCGUCCCUCUCUUUCUCUCAGUCGCUCGCCAUGUUGUUGUGAGUCUCCCUCACGGCGGCGAGGGUGGAGGAGGGGGAGGGACCACGACGGCGGCGGCGGGGGGAGGAGGGGGAGGCGGGAAGGCGUCGGGGUGGCUGGGUAAUUAUAGGUGAAGGUGUACCCGGAGGAAGGAGGAGGAGGAAGAGGAGGAGGAGGAGGAGGAGGGAGCCCCCCCCCCCGUGUGUCCGUUACAGGCACACUAGCCCGUGAGUAUUCGGCUGCUGAGGCGAUGGGAUGAGGUGGGUGGGGGAGGGGAUGGAACGGCCCAUGGAACGGCGGGGGGGGAGCGCGAUUGAGGGAGGAGCAGGAGGGCGAGUCCAUUAUUAUCCUCGCCCGUCGCACGGUCGCUCACCCACGUCCUAUUGUUUCAGACCCGGGGAUUGGAUUGGAGUAUUUUUUGGGGGGGGGGGGAACACAGACAGACAAGGAGAAGAGGCCGCUGCUGCUGCAGCUGCUCCGGGCCUGAGCGCACGUCUUCGGUGCCCUCUGUCUCCACCCCCCCCCCACACACCAACCUCUUUCUCCGGCCCUCCCUUUGUGUUGGCGAGCACUAGGCCCGUCGGGCAGGCCCUCGCUGCUGGAGGCGGCGGGGAAGCCAUAGGGAAAAGCGGGGUGGAAAGAGAGGAGGAGGAGGAGAAGAAAGGAGGGCGCCUGUGUGGGUGUGGUGCUUGCUUGCUUGCUUGGAAGCAAAGAGAGGAAGGAGUCAAUAUGGUGCUGAGGACGACGUCUGCACGGCGGGCGGGCUGCUGUGUCCUGAUCCGGGCAGCUCCGUCUCCUGCUUGUUUUGUUUCGCCCUCUCCGUUUUAAAACGUCUCGUUUUGCUUCGUCUCUGCCAAGCGGGGAGCUCGAGACAAGCGAGAAAGAUAAUUUUGGAAGUGGGUGGGGCAGUGUGUUGUGAAAGAAGGGGGAUUGUAAGAGGGAUUUCCCCCCCUGUUUUUGGUAUUGGGGUGGGGGAGAAAUAUUUCCGUUUCUCCUCUUUAACAGAGAGGGUUAGGGGAAUGAAUAGGGUUUGUGUAGGUUUGCCCCCCCCCCCAUCGUGUUUGAAGGUCUGCUAUUGUGGGGCAGCAAAGAGGCGAGAGAGGUUUUUUUUGGAGGUGCCAGCCAAAGGACUGUUAACCACAGCAAAGAACACGAAGCAAAAAGGUUAAAUCUUUGCCUGCAGAAACUGGUCUGACACGCUCAGCCUAAAUUGGUGAGCCUUCUGCUGUGGGACUAACAUAGUAGCGAGGAGGCUCUGAACUGUGGGGUGUUUUACGGAAAGUGGGUAUCGUGGAUGGGUGCUUGUUGUGGUGUUGGUUCCUUCUAGCCAGGGGACUGUAUUUGAUGGAUUGGUAACCUGAGAAAGGAGAGAGAUGUAACAAAAGGGUGCCCAGAAGGGAAAUGGCAACUGAAGAAGUGGAGAUGGUAAACAGGAACAUUCUUCUGUUACACUGGCUCAAGGGGAGGGUGUGCAAAGGAAAUAUGUAGACUUACUUAUUGCACAGUAUGUCUUAAAACAUUCAUUGACAUAGUAAUCCUGGUUCUGUGGGUUUUGUCAGUUCUCCCUGUAGAAGAAAGAGUCUGGAUGCCCCUUGUAUAGUGUACACAUGAUUCCAGGUGAGGAAAUAGGUUACAAAUUGAUGGGAUUCUCUUGAUUGGAAGACGCUUGAGAAGGUGUUUGGAUCUGCUGGAAGCAUCCAUGUGGCUUAAAGUGUGAGUCCUUGGGAUUUGUUGAAAGGCCAGCCAAAGAGAUGCCACAGGGAAUCUGGAACAUGGUGACUUGGAAAUUAGUCUAGUUAGGAAGAAUUUGUGAGGUGAACUUAUUUUGGUGUCUGGGGAAGAAAAACUUAGCACGUCUCUGUGGGAGGAUCAGCAAGAAGUGUGGUGAAGGCCGCAAGAGAAGUCAGCAAAACAGAAACUAGUGUGGGGGAACUGUGAACAAGUUUGGUUAUUGGAGGUAUGGUAAGAUGCUGAGUAGAAAAAAGGGAAAGAGUUGGAUAUGCAAGACACGUGGUGGUCAUACAGGCAGAUUUUCUCUUGUUCAGUAGAAGGUUUGAAUAAUGUGCCUUAGGAAAAAAUGUAAAUAUAGUACCUGUGUGAGGAAGCAGUUUGCAUGAAAUGAGUAACUGACAUUUGAUUAUACAUUCUGGUAAAUGUGGUUUCACAUACAGCGUUUCCCCCCUUUUAGUCUUUAAGGAAACAGUUUUUUAGGUAGGGUAUGUGAGUUUAAGUGUUGACUUCCUCUGCAGCAAAUUAUAUUGGAGCAUGCAACUUUUCAGACCUAUCAGUGCAUUAUACAUUUCUGUUGUAUAUUGAGGAGGACUAAUUGACAGUCUGUUCAUUUUUAUUAAGCAUGAUAAACAAGCAUAUGUUCUAGUGUAUUUAACACUGUAAUGAGUUUUGAGAAUACUUUUCCUCCCAAUUCCAGAUCAGUGAUAGGAAGGUAAAAUUCCAGAGUUUAAAAGAAAUAUUUUAAAAUAAAUAAAUAGCUUUGAUUCUCUGGCAGGUGGUGAAUCUUUUUGGCUCCAUGGGACAGAUCCUUAUCAGAAUCAACCCUGUGGGACAAAUUUGACAGGUAGGUGGGGCCACCCACCUCUCAAUCAAAUGUCAUGAUGAGGUCAUGUUCAAGGUGCUUUGAAGUACAGACUUCAAAACAACUUGGAAGGUGCUGCUGAAUCAGAAAGGGGUUUAUGACCUAUAUGCAAAAAAAAACCCCCAACAACAACAAUCUUCUGGAGACAGUGAGGCGGCUUCCUCAGAAGGCCUCUAACAUUUCAGCUCCUGGAACGAAGGAACCUCUGUGCCUUCUGUCCACUACUUUGCCACAGGAAACAAUGGAAGAGACUGAAAGGAGCUUAUCUGGGUGCUUUUCUAAUUUCCUUCCCAAAUACAUAUGCAUACUUUUUGAGUCCUUCCUGCUGCUGCUGGUGCACACCGAGAGGCAAGAGUGAGAGAGUGCCAACUGACUGGCUGCCCCAAGGAAUGCACAGUAUGCAGAAGGCAAAAGCAACUAUUUAGAAAUGAGCAGUAAGAAAGGGAACAGUUGAUACUACACACUUGAGGAGCAGCCUGUCUGUCCAGGGGCAAAGCAAACACCACCAAGAGCCCAAAAUUUUACUGUUGCUGCAGCAACUUUGAAAUGGGCAGGCCAUGCCUACAAUGGACUAUUUUCUCCCCUCUCAGCGGGGGAGGAAUUUCCUGCAAAAAUGGAGAGUGGAGGAGCCUUUGUUUUAACAGGGAACGUGUUUGCAGUGAAAUCCUCUGCUAAAACGGAUGUUUGUUUUCUUUGUUUUAGCAAACGCCUUCUUGAUUUAGAAAUUAUCUCUGCCCAUUAUGUGAUGUCAUAAAUAAUGUAAAUUGGUAGGUUUGGUUUGGGCAAAAUGGCCUCACUGGCCAAGAUAGGCCUAUAGCCCAAAGGUUCUCUGGUUUGUUCCAUAAACAUCUGAACUAGAUGGGUGGCACUUAAUGUCUCUGUAGAUGUUUCCUAAACUCAACACGAGCAUAUGUGAAGAAGCUUAAGUAUAAGGAUGCUCAAGCAAGAGGACUUCCCUUCCAUCUUCCUUUGAAAUCUCAUGAGCCCCUCAGAAAACUUCAUUAGGAACCGUCCACAACAGCAUGGAAUUGCCACAUUGUACCAGUGUUCACUUGUAUUGUUGCAUACUGUUUUCAGUCUGGGAAAUGGCUUUUUAGGAAUAGAGUGGGAAAGGCCUCUUGUGGAAACAUCCUCAUGCUUGCUGUUUUCUAGAUUAAGCUUUAUAGGAAACAUGGCAUAAUCUCUAGUCCACAUUGAAAAACUAUUUUCAGGGUGUGAUCCUAUAUGCCUCUCAUGCUGGGGGGUGAGAGUGAGCAGCCAUUGUUAUGUUGGUGCAGCUACCAUUGCAUCUUAUAUGGGGUCAGCCCCAUACAUGAGAGAGGAAAAAACUGCUCUGGAAAAUGCACCAUGGAAUAACAUACAAUUGAGCAAUAUUUUGUCUAUGGCAAUAUUGCCAGUAUCCACUAAUCAUGGGUUGUUGUAGUACUGACCCCCAUACCACUCUUAUGAUUGAGGGAGUCAGUGCACUGAUGGUGAUACAUGCCUCAGAACAGUCUUCUACCAAUCUAUACACACUGAUGUUACCGUUCCUCCUCAGGCAGGUGUUUGUGUCUCAUUAUGUUGCAUACUGCUCAAAAUAAUUGUAUUUAAUCACGCACAAGGGGAAUGAAGGACAGGCUGCUGAGUAUAGUACCUGCAUUGUCCCAUUGGCAGGAGAUCUGCAGAGAGGACUCCUGUCCCUCCUCGCUCCCAGGAUUCAAGACACACUGUGGGAGAAAAUAAAUAUUUGCCAAAGGGAGAACAGGAAGAACCAAGACAGGAACCAUGGUAUGCCACAACCACACACUGAUAGCAGACAUCUGCAGCAAUUCACUGCAUUGGGCAGUGGUGGGAAAUCUGGCUUUCCAGAUGUUGUUGGACUGCAACUUCCAUCAGACCCAGUCAGUGCAACCAGUGGUCAGGGAUUAUUUGGAGUUGCAGUCCAACAUCAUCUUGAAGGCCACAGGUUUUUCACUCCUGCCACAUGGGGUUGGGAAAAAGGAGAUUGGAGCAGUAGCUCCAGGUGGGGAUAGGGGAGAAAAUGGCCCCCUCACUGUUUACAUGCUUUGUCUAGCAACAGUCAUGUUACAGACACAAGAGGAAGCUCCUUCAAAUUGAGGCAAUUCUUCAAAAAUUACAGAACAGUGCCUGCCUGGUCAGCCAGCAGGCAGGAAACAGAUAGCAUUGGGCUGCCUAUGUCAAGACCCAGUUAUGAACACCAGGUUCCUGUAGGUUGCAAGAGGAGCCCUGGUAAAGCAGCUGAAAUUUCACAUGCAGGAGAUACUGUGUUCAAAUCCAGGUAUCACUAGAAAAGGAAAGGGACUUUGACAUUCAGGAACAUCUGAACCAAUAUGCAUGAGCACUGAAUAGUCCCGUACACCUUUUGACUGAUGCUUUCCCCCUCUAAACUGGGUGCUUCUAUGCACCCUUGUAUCAGCACUUACCCCACAGUGCACCCUGAGUGGCAUGUCCUCUUGCAGUCCUGGGAACCUGAUUGAUCAGAGAGUAGAGGGUCUCUGGCUCUGGCCACUGGUAGUAACAAGCUACAUGUCCCACCCUGAGUCCAGCUGAAGCUAGAUUGCAUCUGGGGAUGGAAAAGGUGUCCCUAGCUACCAAUCCCGAACAAGAAAGGAACAGUGCACAUGGGAAAGUCAUAGCACUAGCACCCUUACGGCACUCCAUUUAGGAAUAUAUUCACCUUUGACAUAACUUUCGCACAUAACCUGUGAGGAGCCUGCUUGGAAAACAUAUCAUAGAGGAACAGCUGGGAGCAUCCUGUUUACGGUUGACCAUAAUGACAUGGGUCUCCUUUGUGGUACUGUGUGUUGGUAGGUCUUGUUCCAUUGGGAGAGGACCUGUGGAGAUAAUAAUAGGCAAGCAGCCUGUAGCUGGAACACCCUGACCUGGGCACACAAGUAGUAGGUGUUUUGAGGAAACAAGAAAGCUGAGCGGUGCCAGUUCAGUGUUCUGCCAGUACUCUUUCCUGGCCUUCCAACUCUCUGUGGAGGUGAGAGAUUUCAGUGACUCUGGCAAUAAACCCAUUUGGAUUGUAGUGGAACUCUUGUGUGCAGUGACAGUUCAGUCAGCUUCAUAUAUCUGUUCUGUGAUCUGUUAAGGUAAAAUUGCUUGUGUGUUUGGCCGGCAGUAACGGUGGUUGGAUUCUAGUGCCUGGGCUUUGCCAAUGGAGAGGCUUGCCUGCAUUUGGGAAUGAGUGUUUUCCUUGAGUAGGUGACACUGCUCCCUUCUGGAAAAGAACUUGAGACAAUGCAAACAGAAACAAGUAGUCUUCAACACUUGAAUGGAAAGUACAAUAGUUGUGAUAGAAACUCAACAGGUAAGCUGAUCCUAAUAAUGGAUUUAGCACUAGCCCUUGUUUAGUGCUAUGUGAACAGGCUGAGCCCCCUUCCACAGGUGUGCAUUUCCUCUUCCUUUCUUCAAACUCUUAACAAUGUGGAGUUAGGUUAAGAUAAGCCAACUUUACACUGUAGUUUGUGAAGCUGAAUUGUUUAAACUACGACAAUAGAUAAUGGUAACUACACUUCCUAGUUAGAAUGACACUGUAGUUGACAGUUGAAAUGAGCUAAAAAUGGAAGCAAAAGCUUCCCAACGCCUCUUGGCUUUGCGUUAGGAGGAUGGGGAAGUGGAAGGAGGGUAAGCUUGUUAAUGUAGCAUGAAAAGACAUGGUUUAGCCCAAAAUAACUACCAACAUUUAAGUUCUAGGUGCUAGGUGACAAACAAUAGGGGCUAGUGGCUGGGUUGAGCUUGCAGGAGCUGCUUGUUGUCAUGCCCAGCUUGUGAGUUUCCCAGGAGCAUGUGAUGGCCACUGUUGGGGACAAAAUGUUGGGCCAGUUGAACCCUUGAUCUGGGUAAGAUAAUUGCAUCAUGGACUAAUAAAAUAAUUUGUUGAUGCACUCUUAGAACUUCUUUCUGCCAUAUUUGAUAAAUUCUAAUAACGUGAGUUGCCAAAAUCCUGGAGAUUGAGAUAGUUUAAGAAAGGGGUGGUUGGAGAAGAGAAUCUGGGACACCACAAACCAGUCUGAAUUUGAUAUCAGGGAAGAUAUUAGAGUAAAUUAUAAAGCCAUUAACUAGUAAGUGCCUUGUUAAUAAUGUAGUGGUUUGUAAAAGGUGGCAUAGGUUUAACAAUAAUAAAUUCUGCCACACAAAUUGCAUUUUUCUCUUUAUUAGCUUAAAGGGUGUUGGCAAACUGGAUGUAAUGUAUAUUUCUCUCAUUACGUUUUAGUUAGGAAACUGGGUAAAUGUGAGUUAGAUAAUGAUAUUGUUGGAAAACUAGUCUCUUGAGUACUCCGUGCCAGAAAAAAACUGGAGGGAGAAUUCUGAGUGAGAGCUCAGUCCUGGUACUUGUCUACAUUUUAAUGAAACCUAAACAUUUUAUGAAAUCGAAACUCGUCAACAUUUUAUGGAACUUAAACAGCAGUGACUUAGAUGAACAGGUAGAAGGAUCCUGAUCAUAUUUGCAGCAGAUGACCCUGCUGGUAGGGAUAGGUGACACCACACAGGAAAGGAAUAAAAUUCAGAAUUAAUGUGAAUCUGGACUGAGACUUUCCAGGAAAAUCAACAGAAAUCAAUGCAAAAUUUUGCUAUUACACAAAAGAAGAUCAAAUAAGCAGGUGCAGAAUAUUGAGUACCAGACUUGAGGAUAAUGCCUGUGAAAUGGAUUUCAGGAUUGUAUUUGAUCACAAGCUAAACACAAGUCAACAUGUGGGGCUGCAAAAAAGGCUGAUGCUAUUUUUAGGCUGUUUUAAUAGAACUAUAAUUUCCAAGUCUUGAAGUGGCUGCACUUUAUUCUGACCUCAUUUGUAAUCCUCCAGUCUUGGGCACUGCAUUUGAAGAUGGAUGUAAAUAAAUUGUAAUGGGCUUAGAGGUGGUUAGGAAGAUCAGAAAAUGUCCUUUGAAGAAAAGUUGAAAUAACAGGGUAUGUUUAUUUGGAAGAGAACAUGAUGAUAGCACAAGAGGCAAAGACUUGUCUUCUGCUGCCCUAUAGUACAGAACUAACUAUAAUGGACUUAAGUUAUAGGAGGGUAGAUUUCAGUUUAACAUGAGUAGAAAUUUCUUGAUGGUAGGAACAACUCGGCAAGAGGUCUGCCGAAAUAGGAUGGAACUUUUAGUGGUGAAAUAAUUUGCAUGCAAUGGGAUUGGUAGUUUCCACAGCUUUUGUUAAUCCUAACAGUUACUUGGUAGAAAAGACUGUGGGCCAGAUCCAUAUACAGAUGUACCUUGGAAGUCAAACGGAAUCUGUUCCGGAAGUCCGCUCGACUUCCAAAAUAUUUGACUUCCAAGGUGUGCCUUCCGAUUGGCUGCAGGAGCAUCCUGCAGCCAAUCGGAAGCCACACCGGAAUUUUGGCUUCCUAAAAUCAUUUGAAAAACAGAACAAUCACUUCUGUUUUUUGAUUGUUCGGGAGUCGAAACAUUUGAGUUUACAGGUGUUCGGCUUCCGAGGUUCCACUGUAUACCAUAGGUCAGAUUUGACCUGCAGGCUGGUAGUUGCCUACCCUCGGUCUAAAUCACUAAGCAUGGAUUUCUAGGAUUUUUCUAUAGGUGUCUUAUUAAUUUUGGUCUAUUGCGGUUCCCUUUUAGUAAUUCCAGAAAAAGGAGAUUUAUAUGUUCCCUAUGCUCUUACUUUCACAUUUGUUUUGUGUGAGAUAAAUACAAUAAAAAGGUAAUUUUGUUACUCCUUUAAAAAAAUUCAGUCAUUUCUGAAAAUUUUAGACCAUUUGGAAUAAAGAUUUGUAUAAAGAUGAGUGCUUUACUGAACAGUGGGCAGUAUCCAAGGCUCCCAUUGCACAUACACAUCUCCUCUGCAGACCCCCCGCCCUCAGAAUUGGCUCAGGGGGAUUUGGGGACUCUUCAAAGUAGUUUUUUUGUAGCGUGGUGUGGGGAGUGGAAAUAGAAGUGCCGCUGCAUCAAUGAAACUCUGCUGCUUUGAAUACAGCCCACUUCUUGACUUUUAUCUUUGAACAGACUAUAGUUACAAAAUUAAAAAGAAAAUAAUUUGAAACAAAUAAAGCAACGGCAUCUGUUGCAGAAGCCUGUUUUGUUGUUGCACUAAGUAGGCAGCAGACCAAUUCAUCAGUGUUACGGCUUUAUGAACUAUGUAACCAAGGUCAGUACAGUGGUUCUUCAGGUUACAUACGCUUCAGGUUACAGACUCUGCUAACCCAGAAAUAGUACCUCGGGUUAAGAACUUUGCUUCAGGAUAAGAACAGAAAUCGCACGGCGGUGGCGCAGCAGCAGCGGGAGGCCCCCAUUAGCUAAAAUGGUGCUUCAGGUUAAGAACAGUUUCAGGUUAAAAACGGACCUCCAGAACGAAUUAAGUUCUUAACCUGAGGUACCACUGUAGUUGACUGGCAUGCCAAUCCUUUAGUGCUCUUAGGCUCCUAUGCAGAGAGGAGAGCAAGGUUUAAUUUUCAUUUAUUGAUACAUGGUGUAUGAGUAACUACUUUGAGUUCCUGAUUUGUAAGGUAUGGCUUGUUGGAAGAAUAGUUAAAAGCACUGCUUUUCUUCUAGAAAAAAGGUACCGGUACUCACCACAAAGUUGUUACAGUAAGUGCCGCACUUUUAAUUAGUGCUUUUCUUCUAGGAAAAAAAGGUUGGUACUACAUACCUUUAAGUACCCCCCACCAAAAAGCAUUGGUUAGAAGAUUGACAGGCAGCUGGAUUAGAACAUUUUUAGUAUAUUACCUUACAUAUUCUAGGGCAGGCAUAAAGUUGGCCCUCCAUAUGUUUUGAGACUACAAUUCCCAUCAUUCCUGACCACUGGUCCUGUUAGCUAGGGAUGAUGGGAGUUGUAGUCCCAAAAAACAUAUGGAGGGCCGAGUUUGCCUAUACCUGUUUCUAGGGUAACGUCGGACUUUUGUGUUGGGCUUCCAAAGAGAAGCCAGUGUUUCAGAGCAAACUUCCUGUUCCUUAUAGUUUGGAUUUUUAGUUUUGAAAUCCUAAUUAUAAGAACUGCAUAUUUUACUCUCCUUCUGUGGAAAGCCUUUUACGUUAUCAAUCCUUUUUCUUUUUAGGUUUCUACAUGGUAUGAAAUUACAUGUGUCCUCCUAGGUAUGAAUGAAGUGUCCUGGCAGGAGACCAGAGGAAUGAUGCAUGUGAACAUUGGUCAGGAAACCAGAGGGGUUGAACAAGGGGUUACCUCAGCUGGAACAGUAGGUGGAACAACUUCAGGGCCCAAUUCAGGUGGAACCAAUCCUCACUCCAUCCCUACAUCUGCAGUGUCAGGUGCUUCCAGUGUCCAGGUACCCUUCAGUGGAUGGUCUCAGGACGAUGCCACAGUUGGAUAUGUCUUCCAGAGGCAGGCUGGUGAGCAACUGAGUGGCUACUUCAGUAAGCACCGUCGGCCCACAGGAGAUAGCAUUCAUGUAGCUCAUUCGGUAGGUAGCUUAUUUGUGUUUUGCUUAUAGUUUCCCCCCCUUUAACUCAUAUCUUUCGGAAAGAUAUGUAUAUGUUAAUUUAUCAUAAGCACAGCAUUUAAUCAUGGCUGUUGGAAGUUAAACUUCUCAGUGUAACUGGCUUAAGGCGUGAUACACAUUAAUAUGAAAGUACCUAGUAUUUUCCCCCUCAGGGAUACUUUUAGUAGUUUUUAAAGUAUUAGAUUUCAUGGCAGGUGGAUAGGUGAUACCAAGUGGUUCAUUUUGAGAAAUCAAAGAAAAGUGACAGGAUGAAAUUAAAAAUGAAUUUUGCAUGUAAUCUUGCCUGUUACACUUAUAUCCUACAUUCAGUACAGAAUAAAUUGAUCAUGAUUAAUUUCCAUUGCAUGAUACUUAGCCAUGGCUAACUGUUGCUGAUUCACUGAAUCUCAGUAAUAACACCUACAUUAUAAGCUUAUUGUACACAAUCUUGCAUCCUGUUGAAUGUUAUUUUUCUAAUGCCUUGGAGACUCGCGAUGCCACAUCUGGGGUUGCAUCUGCCUACCCUGAUGUCUGUAAGUUGGACUGACGUUUUUAUUUAGAGUUCUAUGUGUACAGCAGGGGUAGGGAACCCUCCACAUAUUGUUGGGCCUACUUCUGUCAUCCCUGACCAUUGACUAUACUGACUGAGGCUGUUGGAAAUGUAGUCUGGAGAGCCCCAGGCCCACCACCCCUGUGGUACAGCGAAAACAUGUAGACUACAGCCACAUGAUCUGUACACUGAACUCUGGAUUUACCUUUAGUCAUGUUCAUUAAAUUCAGUGGCUGUACCUGCAUAAAACUUAGUUGAAUGCCACCCUUUCUCGUACUUUGUUUCAGCAUGCCAUGUUUAUUGUAGUUGGCAUUUUAGAAAGAUUCCUUUAGUCUCUGGAACAGUUCAAGCACAGCUUGCUGCUGCUGCUUUGAGUUUACCUACUCAAGAUGUGAAUAAUGUUUUCUUUAAAUUCAGGAUUAAACUCCUAAAAGAGUUUCUUUGCUAAUACCUGAUAGGUCUGUACUGGCUGGAUAACUCAGGGGUACUCAUCUUCAACUUUCUUGCUGUAGAGGAAAUUGUUUUUUCCAUUGUAAUUGUGUGGUUCCUGCAGAAACAUCUAUGACCGCAUGAACAACUAUACUUCCGGAUAGGACAACUUAUAUAAAUUAUUUCCUAUGAAGAGCUUUAUAGAGAUCAGAAUGGAAUGUUUUCUAGGAUCACAUUCCCUUCUAGACAAACUUCCGAGGGCCAUUUUUCAGUGGUGGGCAUGUCUUGAGGCAAAAGUAUGUAGAGCAAUAAAUGUACAUUUGCCCUUGCACAGGAGGCAAGAUGCUUCAGACACUGCUCUGUCCUCCAUCCAGAGAAGCAAAAGGCAGUAUUGGAGUUCAAGGACACAUUCCAGCUAGGCAGAAAUGUUUGGUGUGAAGUGGAACUGGUGAGGUUUCCUGGGGAGAUCUCCAAGGGUCAAGUAGAGGGGACACAUUCCAGCCUUGGCUCUAAGGUUCCUCACCAGCUCUCUGGUUACUUAAGUAAACUUAGAAGAUAGAAUGAAUUACUGUUCUGUAGUCCUGCAGAUCACACUUCCUAUUUAUUCUCAUUACUGUAACAUGCUUUUGGCUUUUCCUUUGGUAUGCAAAUUGUUUGUAUCUUGCAGAGUGCUGGAAAUACUUAGAAUAAAGAGAGUGCAAAAGGCACCAUGCUUUCUGGAACAUGACAUGGUAACCAAGGACACAAAGUUGAUUCUGAAUUUAGUGUUUCAAGAGAAGACAAAGAGGGAAAUAAUUGACUUGUCAAAGAAUUUUUUUCUGCAUACUGAUACAUACCUUUGGAAUGCAGUCUUUCUAAGAAUCCUUGGUUUUAAAAGGUUCUGUCUUGCUCUGAUUUUUCCUAACAAAGUUAAGAAAAGUUCAUUAUUUUUAAUAUUCAUUUGUUGUUUUUACUACAUAAAGGUAUUGUAGUCUGGGGUAAAACUUACUUUCUUGCAUGGAUCUGUUUAGUGCUCUUAAUUUUUUUUAUUGGGCUAGGUCCUAGCAUUGUACAGUGGUACCUUGGUUUACAUCCAUAAUCCAUUUAGUAAACCAAAGCAGGUUGUAACCUAAGGCGUGCUUUCGCCAAUGGGGCCUCCCCCGCAAAAAACAACUGGUUGUACAGUGGUACCUCAGGUUACAUUCACUUCAGGUUACAGACUCCGCUAACCCAGAAAGAGUACCUCCGGUUAAGAACAGAAAACAUGCUCCGGCGGUGCAGCGCGGCAGCAGUGGGAGGCCCCAUUAGCUAAAGUGGUUCUUCAGGUUAAGAACAGUUUCAGGUUAAGAACGGACCUCUGGAACGAAUUAAGUACUUAACCCGAGGUACCACUGUAAUAAUAAAAAAAUGGGUUGUAAUCCAAAAAAAGGGACACACACUUCCGGGUUUGACGUGGCUGUAAUCCAAAACAGUUGUAAUCCAAAGCGGUUGCAAACCAAGGUACCACUGUAGUUAGUUUUCAGCGUUCAUGUCUUUUUUUAAAAAAAAAUAUUUUUAUUAAUUUUUACAAGGCAAAAUUAUAAAAAAUAAACAUCCACUUUAUCACCAAUUCAGACUUUUUUGGACUUCCCUCAGCUCCUCUGAGAAUCCUCCGUUUUAAUCACUUCUUACACAUUCCCUAUUUAAUAUUGCCUUACGUUAAUAACAUAUCCUAGUUUUCAGUGUUCAUGUCUGUCUUGGAUACAGUAGACGUCGAGUGAUAAGUCAACAUUAGUUUUGUGAUUUAAGGGGGUCUUUUGUGAGGGUGAAUAAUGUUGGCUGUCACCCAUAAAGCAAAUUAUGAACCUCUGUCUAACCCCUAUGUUAAAACAUGCUUUUAUGUAAAACUAGGAUCAAAAAUCUGAUUUUGAAAGUUGUGUUAAUGACACAUCAUCAAGUAAAAAUUAGAAUGCAUGGACAGUGUUGACCAUGCUUCACAAGUAAAAAAAAUAAAAUCAUCAAAAAUUCUGCCCAGUAAUAUAGCCAGUGCUUCUGUAAAGUCUUCAAAUGAAGUGUCCAUGCAUGGGUCUAAACAGUAAUCCUGAAUCUCAAAAUUUGCUCCCAAGUGUCUAAGCCUAUGCAAACUCUAGGGAAACCAUGUGGGUUGCACAGCUAGAAAGUUGGGAUUAUGUUCCUCAUUAGAGUAAAGUUACUUAGUUACAAACUAGGGUGCUGUAAUUGUUUCUUCCAGUAGAUGAUGAUGAUGAUUAGAUAUCCACGCUUGACCAUGAGGUGGGUUACAGCAGUUGCACUGCAAUAUUUUUGUAUGUAACCCUGUUUCUGUAUACUAAUAGCGAACUCAUUCAUCAAGUUAUGUUGCCUAUGUAGCCAAGACAGCACCAGUAGUGACUAAGAGAGGUAUUGGCAUGCUCGGGCGAACUCUGAACUUUGCAGAAGUACAGAAAGCCUUAACACAGCGGGAUGGAGCAUGCAUGGCUGGCACAGAAUGCUAAAUCUUUCUGCCUGAGAAGGGGAAAACAAUGGAGGAGGGAGAGUGGAAUGGAGUAUCUCGGGGAAGGCAUGGCUGGCUGCCUGGAACGUUGAACAAGAGCAUACUGCUGUGCAGCUUGUGUUAGGUCAACGUGUAAAUUACAUUUUCCAAUUGUAAAUAUUGAAAAGGGUGCUUUCAAUGCCUUGCAAACAGGGUGUUAUGGUAUUCAUCAACAAACCACAACCAGCAACCUGCACUUGUUCAGAGAUGGGUAGAUCAAACAGCUAGUGGAUCUUAGCAGUUCAGAUUUGCUCUUUAUGAAGAGAAAAGGCAGCACUCUGUGUUGAUUAUCUUUUUAAGACUUCUCCUAAUGUUACUUGUGUCAUGUCAUCCUCCUUCCAGCUUCUUUGUUGCAGAAGCUAACUUUAUGAUCUGUUCUCUUGCACCUCAUAUAGGGUUGUCCUUUGAACACAUGCUUUCCUUUCUUUAGCUCAGUUCUGAUUCCUUCAUCAUUGUAGCAAAUCCCUUACAUGUCUUGGUGUUUGCCGGUCGAGCAAUAUAAAUCAGUAUCCUUCUUCACCAUAUUUUGGGGCUCAACCAGAGACAUCAACUAGAGAUCCAGUUCCUUAUCUCAAGAGGUUGAGUUGCUGCUCUGGAAAUGGACAAUAGAGCCCACAUCUCCUUCAGAUUUUUCUCUGUGCCCAUUGUUCUCCAAGCUAGUAGUGGGGGCACUGUCUCAUUUUGCACCUUGAAUAUUUCAGCAUUUUCACCUGGAGCUCAAAGUUCAAAAUGAUGACAUUAACUCUAUGUUGUGUUAUAAUAGCAACAGCAACAAUAACCAGUAUUUUUUGCAUGACUGGGCAGCAGGUUUGCUAUAAUGAUAGAAUAGAAGAUGACUACUUUACUAAAAUGCUUGUUAAUGAGAAUCAAUGUAUUCAGGUUUUAAUUUUCAUUAUACAGGCAAUUGUAGGCAUUCAGGUUAUAGUCUUAUUUUGUUGUUGUUGUUGAUUACUGUUAACUCUGAAUUUAAUUUGGUGUUUUGAAAAUAAACUAAUGAUGCAACAAUUUGAUUAUAAAACAUUGAUUUGAUUUGUGUAACAUUUAAACCCAGUAGUAAAUUUACGUAAUCAGCAGAGCGUUGAGUCUUGGGUCCUUGCUUUUUAAAAAAUACAUAUCUGCUCACUGAUGUUCCUUAACAUUUGAAUGUCACAGAGAUAGCCAGUAAGUUGAAUCCAGUUGUGCUGUUUGGUUAGUGGAAGAGCUUUUGAUCCAGUGGACGCCUGUACUAAUGGAAUAGGAAGGAGGCAAUUUACAGCAGCUUUCCCUACUUUCCCUCUGAAAAUCUGCUCCAGGGUGUCAGAGUGUUGGGAGAACUGUUCAGAACAGCCUGGAAGGUUGUACUGGGGAUUGGGGAAGGCUGUAAGCAGCGGUUCUCAACCUGUGGGUCCCCAGAUGUUGUUGGACUACAACUCCCAUCAUCCCUGAGCUCUGGCCUUGCUAGCUAGGGGUGAUGGGAGUUGUAGUUCAACAACAUCUGGGGACCCACAGGUUGAGAAAGGCUGCUGGAAAUAGGACAGGCAAAUUUGCUGCCCCUCCUUUUGCACUCCAGUGGUGCAGUAGUAAAACUGCUAGCAUAUUUGCAAAGCUAGGUAUGGUUUCAAAGACUCUUCUGAAAAUUGAAUGGCUGCUUUUGGUUGUAGAAGGAUACAAAUGGAUGCAAACAAGGGAUUUAAAAUGUACUAUGAUGAUUUAUAUUAGUUAAUAUAUUCGAGGUAUGCUUGGGUUGUAGGAGAGAUGAUAAAUCAUGUUUUCGGUGCUUUUUGUUUUUAUCAAGGCAUUUCUUAUUGUUGUAAGGUUCAUCUUUCUUAUUUGUUCUUGUAAGCUUUUCCUUUUUAAGAGUGCUUAGUAACUUGAAAUAAAUUACUUAGGAAGUUUAUCGCAUCAGUUUUACUUAUUUGGGUAUUACAGCAGCCGAUCAUGGUGACUAAAUAAUGUACUUUCAAAUAUUUUUCAUAGUUCUUUUCAUUCACCAAGUGAAUAUUCAAGAGAAUUGUCUGUUGCUCUUCAACCAAGGAAGUUCAAUUAAUAAAAAAAGGGGCAUAGUGAACAGGGGCAUAACAAUUUGGAAGCUACUUCUAAAUUUUAAAAAUAUAACACAUAGCUUUCAAGUGAAAUCUAAUUUUUAUUUUUAUUUUCUCCAGGUUCGCUCUGUGGAUGAAAUGAAUCAUGAGUUUCAAGCUCUUGCACUAGAAUCUCGGGGAAUGGGAGAGGUAAAUAACUUUAAUUGAAAUGUAUAGAAUGGAUUGUCGCAAGAAUUUAUAAAUCACCGCUCUGUUAAACUUGGCACCACUUAAAAGAACCACAAUUUAGGAUAUGUAUCUUCUGUUGUUGGAGGAAUUUUCAAGUCACCUUUUAUGCAAGUACACUUUGAGUCUUGCAUUGUACUUUCGGCACGAAAGCCUUAACACAAAUAGCACAUACAUUGUGGGAGAGAAUGUGUUGGCAAGACUGAGUUUUUCUAGAAAACUCAUCAUCUGAUGAAGGAUUGAUUCUGUGUGUCAAGCUAGUGUUCAAAGCUAUCAGUAGCUCGAGUUCUUCAAGCCACAGUUUUCAAGGUCCGAAAUCAUAGUACCAUGUCUCCAAAUAUUCUGGUGCUUGUGGCAAAGGUGAAGUACUAAAGUACACUAAUAUCCUCACCUUUUGCUUCCUGUUCUACACUUUUAAAUGAACCUAGAGCUCUUCCUCAGUUCAUUGGAAUGCUUAUGUGAAAAUUAUUGGGUAGAGGUAUAUCAGUUUUAAAUGAGGCACUGUUAAUAUUGGCAAGCACUCAGAGAAAGCAAACAUCGCUUAUAUUAAGGAGAAUGGCAUCUGUUUCAGUUGGACACAUGCACAGGGUUCCAGCAAGUAUUUUUUCUUUAAACCGGAACAUUUUAAUGUAUUGAAAUAGCUGACAUAUUUUCCUGGAUUUAGAAUUAGUAACUUGGAAACCUCAUGUCUAUACAGAAUGAUAAUGCUAAAUAAAGCUCAGUGGGAGAAAUUCAGUGUUGUGCUAAAGUGAUUGUUUUGACAUGCCCUCCGCCCAGCCACGUUUGGGGAAGGAGGAGAGAAAACCCUAUUGUGCAAACGUCCUGUCGCAGUUUCUGCUGACAUGACUCAUUAGUUUACUGCUGCCCCAAAUCUCUAACUUUUGAUUUUAGAGACUUGCUUGGAAAGGGCUGCAUGUUGAGUGCUAGCAGUUUAGAUUCAUCCAGGGUGAUCAAAUCAUCUCAUCCCACCCCACCCUUUUUGAAUUAGUUACUUGGAAACCCCAGGUCUAUAUAGAAAAAGAUGCUAACUGAAUUUCAAAUGUUGCCUGAAAGCCAAAUCAGUUUACAUACUUUUAAUGAGUGAAUGCUGAGAAUUGCAGCCAUUUGUGUAUAACAGUUUUUAAGACUGAGAGUAGCAAGAUUUUUAUAAGAAUUGCACCUGACAAAGAGUAGCAUAGAUCACUUUGCACAAACAAGUUUUAUGUCUGAAUGGAAAAUGAUCCUUCGGAAGCAGCCUUGGCUGAAGGGACCAGUGCAUCUUUAUUUUUUUGGAACUUUUUAUAGGUGUUACAUUCUCCAUGGCCCUAAAGUAGCAGGUAUCAGGCAUGUAUACUGGUGCUGAAGUGUAAUACCUAUUAGACAUGUUUCUGGUUUGAUUUUCAUUAAAAUGUAUUUCAGUUUGGAUAGGUAAGGAACCAACCUGUAAUGUGGCAGUUCUGUGCACAGUUAUGUGCAUUUUGUCCUGUUUAAUUUAGAUGUUAUUAAAUCAGGUACCUGAAGAUAGGGUUGAAGUCUUAAUUACAAACUAUGUAAAGCGGGAAUCUAUGACCCUGUUUGACUCUCAUCAGACUAGGCCACUAGGUCAGAGAUAAUGGGAGUUGUAGCUGAACUACAUCUGGAGGGCCACAGGUUUCCCAUCCUUUUUCUAAAGUUUUAUGUACUAAUGUAUGCUAGUACUAAAUUUAGCAAGGUUCAUUUAUAAUGGGCUAUACCACUGCUUCACUCUCCUAAACACCUCCUGUUUAGCAUGCCUGUUCCGCAGCUUUGUGUCAGCACCAGUUUACAAAUAAACUGAAAACUAACCAGUUUUAACUGUGGUAUAUCCUUUUUAAAUAGCUGCUACCUGCCAAAAAAUUUUGGGAACCAGAUGAUCCAGCAAAGGAUGGACAAAAAGGCAUAUUCCUUGGUGAUGAAUGGAGAGAAGCUGCCUGGGGAGCACCUCGUAAGUGAUGUGCAUUUAAGGAACUUAUGGUCAGAAAUCACUUGGGAAAGGAAUUACUGGGGGAAGGAAUCACACUCAUUAUGCUUUAGUGAUCUAAACAAGCUCACUGAACAAAGUGUCAUUAACUUAAGUAUUUAAAAACUAUAUAUAUAUUCAUGCAAGUUACAUUUCAGUUUUUGUUUUUUUAAACAGACCACUCUAUGUCUCAGCCUAUUAUGGUUCAGAGAAAGCCUGGACAUGUUUUUCAUGGAAACAGUGAAGUGAAUGCUGUCUUAUCUCCUCGAUCAGAGAGUGGUGGCCUUGGCGUGAGCAUGGUAGAAUAUGUGUUAAGUUCUUCUCCAGCGGAUAAAUUGGACUCCCGAUUUAGAAAAGGAGCUUUUGUAAGUAACUUGGUUACGUCAACAAAAUAUUAGACCAUCCUAAGCUGGAUCCCCCAUUAGACUUCACUGGUUCCAAAUCAGUGUUAAUAAGAGUUGGACUAGCAAACUUUGGUUCCCAUUCUGACCUGUGGGAAGCAGUGUUUUGUGUUAACAUGAUUAUUUCCUGUAGGGCAUUUGAGCAUAUAUGUAGACAAGAAUUGUGUAUGCAUAACUGCAUGAGUCUCUGCUUGUAUGAAACUCAGUUUCAUUGAAAUCUUUACUUCCAAAUAAUAGCUGUGUUUAGAAACUCCAUAUAGGACACUUUACACAUGUGGAACAGACUCCCUUGGGAGGUGGUGGACUCUCCUUCCUUGGAGGUUUUUAAGCAGAGGUUGGAUGGCCAUCUGUUAUGGAUGUUUAUCUGAGAUUCCUGCAUUGUAGGGGGUUGGACUAGAUGAACUCUUGGGUCCUUUCCAACUCUAAGAUUCUAUGUGUUCAUCAGGGUAUAAACUAUUUGACAUUUUUAUUAGUAUUCAGCUGAAAGUUGUAUUUUAUUUAACACUUUCAUAUUUACGGAGAACAGUCAGUAAUGAAAAAAUAAUAGGUAUGAAAAUAAGUUACAUCCUACAGCUUCAUGACAGUGGGUUAGAUACAGAGAUUCCAUGAGGGGAUUUGAUUUUUACCAAUUUUCUCCUGCUUGUCCCCCUCUCCCAAAUCAGUUUUGAAAGGUUGGCAGAAGACCUUAUUGAACCUUGUGGGAGGAGGCUACAGGUGGGAGAAGGCAGAAGGUGAAUCAGCAAAAAAUUCCUUGCCUCUGUGUGUACGGGAUUCUCUUAGAUCACCAGCUCUUCCACAGAUGAAAAGGGAUACACAGCUUUAGCAAAAGUUGGACUUUUUCCUUUGAGUGAAGAUGCUCUCAGGUUGGAUUUGAGCUUCCUCUAAUGCUUGGAGGUAGGAUUGCAGCUGAAUAGAACAUUUUGCCAGAGCAAAGAAUCUCACCUAUACACUCAUGGGGUCUGGACUCUAGACUGGCAGUAACUGACCAGGAAUGUGUGGAUAGCUUGAUGAAAGAGUUGAUCCAUUAUGUGGCAGCUUGAAAGAGGCAAUUUCCACACCAGGGAUCAUUAGGAAAUAGUUGAAAAUAUUUCCUAAUACAACCAGAGAAAAAUAGUUUGUUUCUUUUUGGUGUUACUUGUUUUUAUGUUGGGUGGAUGCAACUUGGACAGUUGUGUAAACUUGUGGGGCCUAGCCAAUUGGGAGCAAAACUCUGAUUCAACUGUAAUCCUGUCCUCAGAUGCUAGAGGGAGCUCACAUCCCACCUGAGAUUUAAAAAAAAUUCAUUCAAAGGAAAAUACCUUUUGCAGGUAAGCCCAGCGGUUCCUUCUGUUUAUCCUAGCAGUUUGCUUUCAUGCAUCAGCUUGUUUUGUAUUAGACUGAAACUUCCUCAAUCAAGGUAUAUUACUGAGUGUUAUAUGAUUCAUUGUGCAGUGUAACAUAGAAUUAGAUUGUUUUGUGGUGGUGCUCUUGCAUUUUGUCAAAUUCAGAAUCAAACAUUCUUUUCUUCAGGGCACUAGAGAAGCUGAAACAGAUGGACCUGAGAAAGGAGACCAGAAAGGCAAGGCUUCUCCAUUUGAGGAGGACAAAAACAGAGAUCUUAAACAAGGAGAUGAUGAUGAUGAUGUUACUAAAAUAAAUGGCAGAGGUUUGCCAAAUGGAAUGGAUGCUGACUGCAAAGAUUUUAAGUAGGCAUUUACAUUUUUCUAAAGAUACAAAGUAUAUUUUUAAAGAAAUAAAAAUUCUGAGUUCAGUAGGUUUUACCUCUUUUUCAUUUUAGUAUUAAUGAUUCAUGUCCUACCUUCCUAUUUUGCAUAAUACUCAGCCUCUUGCAUGCUCUCUCUCUCUCUCUAAAUUCACCUUAAAUAGACAGGUCAUCUUUAAAUAGUUUAAAGUUCUAUUUGUGUCGGCUAUAAAACAAGUCGAAAGGCUUUGCUGUUCUAAGGUUGUUUUAAAGCCAUCAUAGAUGCUUGCCGAUCCAAAUAAAUGGCUGGGGGACAUAGGAGAGUCUGUCUCCAUAUUUCACUUUGGCUUGUUUGACUACCGUAUUAGAAGUUUGUGGGUAUGAUUUUGGCUGCUCCCUGUUCAACUAUCCUUCUACGUGGGCCCCACCAGCAUGUCUACUCUGUGGCAUAUGCUUGACUGGUCCCCUGUUCUGCUUUGCUUUGGUUUGUGCACACAAGUUGACUGUCCAGAUCUAUCUAUUUAAUGCUCCCCAGCCAGGAUCAUUCUUGCCGCUGGCCUGCCUCUCUUUCCCCCUCUUCACGCAUUUGAUGUGCUUAGAUCUUCACUCAUAUGUAAUUGACAGGAUUCUUUACCAUAUCCCAAGAGCCUCAGUUGCCUUCUGAUGUGUGUGCACUGGCUGAAGGAAAUUUCUAGGCGGGUGAGGCAGCUUUACCAGCAGUGUCAAAAACUUUGCAAUAUAUCUGGGGCAAUGUAAGGAUCUAAAAGAACCCUAGCUCCAAGGUGAGCACAUUCUUGAUCUUGCGAGUGUUGGACUUGAGUAAGCACGGUUUCGCACAUCUGGAGUGACAUUGAGGAGAUUUGAGUUCUGUUCCUUAAGCUAGACACCUAUCAGACCAGGUCAGGGACAGUCUGUCGCCAGGACCUCUUGGCCUCUGUAGGCUGAGAGGGCAAGAGGGCUAUGCUGCCCACCCCAGCAUUUUGAGAAGCCUGGGACAGCUGGAGGACUACUCCGCUGUCCAGGCGAUCUUAAAGUGCUGGCGGGCGGCAUUUGAAGAUCACCUCGGGACAGCGGAGGACUUCUCCGCUGUCCAGGGCAAUCUAAAGCCCCUGGGAAGGCAGGCAGGGGACAAAGACUUUGCCCCCGCCAGCCUUCAGAAGAGGUCCUGGACCUCUUCUGAAGGCGGGCGAGGCGAAGUCUCUGUUCCCCGCCUUCAAAAGCCCUCCGGGACAGGCAGGCAGGGGAGCAAAGACUUUCGCCCCGCCCGCCUUCAGAAGGUCUUCCCUCCCCCGCCCGGCUCGGAGCACCGUCCGAAGCCGGGCGGCGGCGGGAGGCAUCUCCUCCCGCCGCCCGGCUCGGAGCACCGUCCCGAGCCGGGCGGCGGGGAGGUCAUCCUCCGCCGCCGCCCGGCUCGGAGCACGUGCCCGAGCCGGGCGGCGGGGAGGUCAUCCCUCCCCACCGCCCGGCUCGGAGCACCGUGCUCCGAGCCGGGCGGCGGGGAGGUCUCCCUCCGCCGCCCGGCCCGGAGGAGGCUCCUCCCCACCGCCCGGCUCGGAGCACCGGGCCGGGCGGCGGGGAGGACCUCCUCCCGCCGCCCGGCUCGGAGCACGUGCCCGAGCCGGGCGGCGGCGGCAGGUGCUCCCUCCCCGCCGCCCGGCUCGGGCACGGUGCUCCGAGCCGGGCGGCGGCGGCAGGUGUUCCCUCCGCCGCCCGGCCCGGAGGAGCCUUCCGAAGCCCGGCGGCGGCGGGAGGAGGUGUCCCCGCCCCGCCGCCAGGCAUCGGGGGGGGGACGCGGACAGUGGGGAAGACGCGCGGCGCUUCCCCGCGGUCCCUGAGAGUUCCCUAUGGGCUGUCGUCUUGCGGCAAGCCCAUAGGGAAGUCCUGCUUUGCGAGCGCCUCCAAAACGGAAAACCCUUUCGUCUAGCGGGUUUUCCGUCUUGCGAGGCGUUCGUCUUGCGGGGUACCACUGUAUCUGGGGCAAUGUAAGGAUCUAAAAGAACCCUAGCUCCAAGGUGAGCACAUUCUUGAUCUCCAGUGGGGAAAUGAGUAAGAGGUUUAGGCACAUCUGGAGCGACAUAGAGGAGGUUUGAGUUCUGUUCCUUUAAGCUAGACACCUAUUGGAGUAGGGACAGCUUUUGCCAGGGUCUUCUUGGCCUCUGUAUGUUGAAAAGGGCAAGAAGGGGCUAUGCAGGAAGCUCUUUUGGGUGGGUGGCUGAUGACAACUAGAAUAAUAAACUUCCCUAAACAGGGCUGCCAGUGGUCUUCCAGGUGAACAGAUGAAGAGGCCUUUAUUACAGUCUAUAUAUAUACUUCAGUCUGGUGGAGUGGUUGUUGCUGGAUGACAGUUGAAGAGCAAGAAAAAUAGGGUGGAGUUGACUUUUCAGCAGAGCUGAUAGAAUAGCUCUUCUUAAUCUCCCUCUCUACAUUCUCUCUACCAUCCGCACUUGUUAAAUGGUGUCCCCCCCCCCCCCAUUAGACCACACUGUUCUGUCCACAAGAUUUGUCCAUUCACUUCAGCUACAGUUAGUGACAAGAGCAUCCUGCAACAAAAUGUUGCAGAGUAUCCUUUCUGACAGGAGUGCUACAAUACGGGCUCAAUUCACUCUUUCUCUCCUAUUCCCAGCUUUCUUUUCUGGUUGACUUUUAACACUCUCUGGCUCCUGAAGGCCAUCAGUCCUCAUUGGGCUGUUUCUGUAGUUAACCACCUGAGCUUGCUGUUAUAGAGACUAAUUCUUUUAGUUUCCAAACACAAUCCCAGCAUUUCAAACUGUUCUGUUAACGCCAUUCAGCACAGCUGUAUGCUGUUUUCCCUAGAUCAGGCAACUACAGCUGAUACUAAUUAAAGAAGCAUUUUCACAAAUGCUGUUGUUUAAGCAAUGAAGCUGACAUCUAUUUUGCAUUCUUUUCCUAAGCAGUCGUACUCCUGGAAGUCGGCAAGCCUCCCCAACUGAAGUAACUGAGCGUCUGGGGCCGAACCCAAGCGCUGCUGAAGGAUUGGCUUCCCUUCCUAAUCCUGCAACCCACAAGCCACUGGUGGAAGAAUUUUCUAACUCUGAAUCUCAGAAUUUGGAUGCUAUGGAACAAGUGGGUCUUGAUUCUCUGCAGUUUGAUUAUCCUGGAAAUCAGGUACAAAUGGACUCUUCAGGAGCUACUGUGGGACUCUUUGAUUACAAUUCACAGCAGCAGGUUAGUGUUUUUAUACAGCCACAUUAAAAAGUGGAACUACAACAUUUUGGCAAUCACAGGCUGCCACUGAAAAUUGCAGCUUCGUAGAGAUUUAUUCCCACGUUCUUACCUAUGUCCUGGAGUCAUGGUUAGUUCCCAACAUCAGUUCUGCAUCAUUGACUGGUAGGGAAGCUAAAAAUGUGAUAACCUUAGGAUAUGGCUAUAUUUGACUGCAUGUUAACAGAUCAGAAGCUUGCAACACAGAGCUGCCAUUUUUAUUUUUUAUUUUUUACUUUAGUCCCAUCCUUAUUAUAAUGUGUAAUUCUGCCGUGAUAUUGCUUAAGAAUGAAUUACACCUGAAUUUAAACUUCAUGCAUAGUGCUACGGAUCUUGGACAGUCCUGUGAAUGCAUCUACACACAGUUGGUUUUUAAAUUCUGAUGUGGGAUUGUUGCUAAAAUUAAAAGGUUUAAAUUGUUGUUCUUAGCUUUUUCAGAGGACUAACCCUCUCACUGUCCAGCAGUUAACAGCAGCUCAGCAGCAACAAUACGCAUUGGCAGCGGCACAGCAACCACACAUAGGUGAGACAUUUUCCCAAGUUUAUUUACUUAAAUUUCAAGCUUAAAAAAGUGGCAGUGUAUGAUUGCUGCUUUUCUUUUAAUUAAAAGCUUGCUAAUUUGGGCAGACUUUUUGACAAACUUGGAAUUUUCAUUGCUUAAAAGUGAAGUUCUAAAGGUAUAGUAAUAAUAAUUUAAAAAGCUGCUGUUCUGGCAGUGUGAUACAUUUUUAAAAUGUAUUUGGUUUUAUAAAUUUAGUUUUAUAGAAAUGGCAGCAGUAACUUGGGACUACGGUAUGAACGUUUCUUAAAGUAGAGCAUGAACCUGACAGUUAAUGAGAGAAGUGAGAGAUACUUUAGUCUUAAUUACCUUUUGAAGCCUCUUCAAGAACAGGUGACAUAAAUUUCUAAAGCUAAUGCAUUUACAAUUUGAAUGAUGUAAUGGGGUGUGUCUGUGUCUGUCUGGUGUCUUGUUUUUGGUGAAAUUGAACUUUUUGUUACUGUAACAGGUGUAUUUUCGGCAGGCUUGGCUCCAGCUGCUUUUGUGCCAAACCCAUACAUUAUCAGUGCUGCUCCACCGGGUGCUGACCCAUACACAGCAGCAGGCUUAGCUGCAGCAGCUACAUUAGCAGGUAAGAAACUACCAUCGCUCAAGUUAAUUACAACAAUCUCUUUUUCUCAAGAAAUUUGAAAACUUUAGUGUUUGGGCAUAAACCCAUCAAAAACGCACAUGAAGGUUGAAAUUCAGUCAUACCUCGGCUCCUGAACACCUUUGGAGUCGUUCCAAUUUUUGAACGUUCUUUUGGAAGCUGAACAUCCGACUGGGCUUCCGUGGCUUCCGAUUGGCUGCAGGAGCUUUCUGCAGCCAGUCAGAAGCCGUGCUUUGGUUUUCAAACGUUUCGGAAGUCGAACAGACUUCCGGAACGGAUUCCGUUUGACUUCCGAGGUACGACUGAGAACUAGUUUAGAGAUAACAUCACAGUACUCUUUUCCCAUUUGCUCCUGUUGCCCGAGACUUGGUUUUCAUGUUAAAUGUGAGGAACAAAGAUGUUGGAUCAAGAAUUAUUCCUACUUUACCUGGAGGGGUUGUCACACACUAGGGAUUCAAAUGUCUAUUUACUGAAACAUUUUUAAGGAAAUUGCCUUUCUUAUGGUCUACAGCCUUUUAACUAAUAACCAAGGGUGGUCAUGCAUCCCUCUUGAGUUCACCUUGUCACCAGUGGGUCUUUCAGAUUGAAGAGAAGUAUAGGGUAUUAAUUCCUAUGUUCAGCUUGGUAUUUUUGCAGCUGAGUGAAGAGGAGCAGAGGAAUUGGGAGUCUGAGAGAAGUGGGAGUAGAUAUAUAGUGGUGCCUUGGUUCUCAAACGGCUUAGUUGUCAAACAAAUUGGCUCCUGAAUGCUGCAAACACGGAAGUAAGUGUUCUGGUUUGUGAGCAUUUUUCAGAAGCCAAACGUCCGCCAUGGCUUCCAAUUGAACGCAGGAAGCUCUUGCAGCCACGCCUUGGUUUUCGAACGGUUUUGGGAGUUGAACAGACUCCUGGAACGGAUUCAGUUUGAGAACCAAGGUACCACUGUGUACUAUACAUUUGGCUCUGAAUAGCUCUUUAUUCUGGCUUGAAUAGCUAGUAGCCCUUAAAGGAUGAGGAGAUGGCAAAUUGUGAUGGCAACAGUCUGUGAUAUUCUCAUGGAUGUGCAAAUCUUUCCCUUCUUAGAGACUUAAAUAGCUACCUUAAGGCAUGGUUUUGCUGCCUGGGGGAAUUGGCAUGCUGUUCACCCUGGGCGCGAAUAAGGCAUUGUGGCAGAUUGCAAGGCUGAUUCUACUUCUUAGCACUUUGAGUCCAUUCAUGCAUGAUCCAAACAGUUUAGAAGAUAUAUAAAAUAGCUAAUUUUCAUAGUACCACAGCCGUGAGAGAGCAUGUGAGAACAUUUUUAAAAUGCUCUUGUUUAGGAGUGAUUUUUUUAAAAAUUGUGCUGAUAAUCAUAAAUGAUAGGAGAGGUUCUGUGGAAUUUAGUAGAGCUCUGUUUGUACACUACCACUAUCUUUGGACCACAGGUUGUUCCUGUUAACGGUCUUUGCAUGUCUCCUAUAUACCACAUGCAGUUUCCCCCCUUUCCUCACUCAUGUUACAUGAGUUCUGGAGCUUGUGUAACUCUGAGAGGAGAAGAUCUCUGAAUUGUUGGGGUUCUGUGUUGCACUUCCAAUUCAGAUAUACAGUAGCACCUUGGCUUACGUUACCCUCGGGUAAUGUAAACUUUGGAUUGCGAAAGCGGCAACCCCAGAAGUGUUUCGCUGCGCACACAUCCUCAGAAACAUUCUACCACGCUGCGUGCAUACGCAGAAGCUCUCCCUCUGGUCGCGGAAACCUGGAUCUGAUCAGAGCUCUGUAACAGAUCCCGUCCACAACCGGAGGUACCACUGUACUGAAGAUGAGUGAAGUAGCAUGUUCAUUAGUUCUUACAGGGAUGGCUCUUUAGGGCUCCUGCCCCUGUGCAGAAGAGGAUUAUUUCCAAUAUAUUAAAUGGUGUAGGUUGUUUUUUAUAUGUAGGAAGAAAGGUGUUAGCUAAAUGGUAGCUCUUCCACUAUUGGUACAGUGGUACUUCAGGUUACAUACGCUUCAGGUUACAGACUCUGCUAACCCAGAAAUAGUACCUCGGGUUAGGAACUUUGCUUCAGGAUGAGAACAGAAAUCGUGCUCCAGCGGCGCGGCAGCAGCAGGAGGCCCCAUUAGCUAAAGUGGUGCUUCAGGUUAAGAACAGUUUCCGGUUAAGUACAGACCUCCGGAACGAAUUAAGUACUUAACCCGAGGUACCAUUGUAUACCCCUUCUUAUUUGUCUCUUUGCUGUGCUUUCUUAUUUCUCUGCGGGAAGGUAAUUCUUUUCCUCCCUCUUCUGAUCAGAGGGUGAGAAUGGUCCUCUUGGAAUAUUUACAGGGAGGGAGGGAGGAGUUCUGCUUUCAGGUAUGUGUGCAGAGAUUCCCUUUUUGGCAUAGGAUACUGGGUUUGUUUAUACAUGUGGUUUUCACACAACCGACUUAGCACUGAUCUCGAGGCUUUUGAGGAGAGACUGUAAAUAUUUGCGUGUAAAGCCAUUUGUUUUGUUUUGUUAGGGCCAGCAGUGGUCCCUCCUCAGUAUUACGGAGUUCCUUGGGGAGUGUAUCCAGCCAACUUGUUUCAGCAGCAAGCAGCAGCUGCAGCAAACAACACAGCCAAUCAACAGGCUGCGUCACAGGCACAACAAGGCCAGCAACAGGUAAGCUGGGUGGACACACCUGAGGAAUUAAUAUAUCUGUCUGCUUAUGCAGUUUUAUUGAAUGCAAUGCGUAUUGUUGAAUAAAAAAAUAAUGGUAUAUCUAACAGUGCACAGUUUGUGUUUGCCAUGCUGGACAGCAGUCUAUUCAGUCCAUAAGCUUAAUGUUGUCAGUGUAUUUCAUUAUCAAAUCAGCAGAUAUCAGUUCUCUGAGGGAUGAGGGCAGCUCAUCCCUCAGAGAUGGGGGAAAGCCUCUAUUCAGGUUAAAAUUUUAGUUUGCCUUCUGAACUACAAAGGUCAGUUUAAAGUUUAUAACUAGAAAGACAGGCCUCUCCUUUUGCUUUUUAGUUGACUUUGUUAUUGGGGUUAGGCAGGCUUCAGCUGAGUUAAGUGUUGCGAGUUUGCCUGCCAAAAUAACAGCAACAAAUCAGCAAAGCCCAAACUGAGAAGGGAACAGAGAGGCCAGUAUGAAACAAGCUGUCAGGAUGUCUCCUACUGAAACCUUCCACCUGCUUAAAACAUUAGUGCUGGCUCUGAAGGGAAAAGCCUCCUCCUGUUGACCCCAUCCCCACUUUGCCUCUACCCACAUAUGUCGGAAGUAAAUGUAGUUGAGGAGCAUUGCCCUCAGGACAGCUGAGUACCACCACCUCUUUUUCAUGUCCUGUGUGGACCAGAAACUGUAUGUGCUCUGCCACUGCAACUCUCGCUUCUCCACUUAGCAAGGACCACAAAGCAGUCUGUGUCAGCAAUGCAGUGGCGUAAUGCAAUGAAGACAUCCUAGGUGACAUCUUCAAGGAAUCCUGAGGACAAAGCUUGGGUUCCCUAGAGGGAGGCACAUCUGGAACCCAAGAUGGCCGCCACUAUUAAUUUCCUGUGAAGAAAUACACUCCUCCACCCACAAGCCGCAUAGGGGAAAGACCAUUUCCUUUCUCUGUUUAAAAGCUACAUUCCCAGAGUAUGCAGUUGCUAGGUGCAAUUGGGGUGGCUGGAACAUGAAAACAGGCCUAUCUUUACAAGGUGGCAUGGAGUCUAGCUUGUCUCCUAGUUUUGAGUAAUAUACAGUGUUGCCUGGUUCCUCGGGUAACAAGAAAGGUGUGAUAUGGAGUAGUUGCAAGAGCCACUACGCUAAAAAGAAUCUGUUAAACCAGCAGUUCUCAACUUCUGGGUCCCCAGAUGUUGUUGGACUACAACUCCCAUCAUCCCUGAGCUCUGGCCUUGCUAGCUAGGGGUGAUGGGAGUUGUAGUUCAACAACAUCUGGAGACCCACAGGUUGAGAAAGGCUUUGUUAAGCCAGCCAUGUAUGCCUUGAGAAGGGGCACCAUGUUUAGGAACUUCAGAACACAACAUACCGUAUUUUUCGCCCUAUAGGACGCACUUUUCCCCCUCCAAAAAUGAAGGGGGAAAGUGUAUGCGUCCUAUGGGGCGAAUGCAGGCUCCUUGGCUUCAGCGAUAGCAACACGAAGCCAGGAGAGUCUGCUCUUUGAGGCUGAUGAUGGGGGAAAGCAACGCUUCCCCCCAUCGCCAGCCCCAGAGGAUGGGGGGCAGCGGGAAGGUGCGCGCCGCCUUGGCACUACUCUCCGACCUACUUUGGAGGCUGGCGGUGGGGGAAAGCAACGCUUUCCCCCAUCUCCAGCCCCACAAGCUGGGUCGAAAAGCCCGCAGGAGCCGCACAGCCUUUAAAGAGCGCGCCGCUCUUGGGGGCUUUUCCCCAAGGAGGGAGAAGGGACUGACUGGCCGAGUCAGUCCCUUCUCCCUUCUGUGGGCUUUUGUGGGAGAUGGGGGAAUUCCCCCACCUCCCGCAAAAGCACCCAGAAGCCAUGCGCUCUUUAAAGGGUGCGCGGCUUCUGCUGGCUUUUCUACGUGGUGGGUGAAUUCCCCUACCUCGUAGAAAUGCCUGCAGGAUGCCGCGCACCCUUUAAAGAGCGCACCGCUCUUGGGGGCUUUCCCCCAAGGAGGGACAAGGGACUGACUGGCCGUUUCAGUCCCUUCUCCCUCCUGGUCGAAAAGCCCGCAGGUGUCGCGGGCGGCUCCUGUGGGCUUUUGCGGGAGGUGGGGGAAUUCCGCCACCUCCCGCAAAAGCAGGGAGAAGGUCCUGGAGUAGCGCACAGGCUGCGUGCAGCCUGUCAGCUGCUCCCAGAGCUGCAGGGAGGGGGGAAAUCAUAUUUUUUACUUGACCCCCCCCCAAAAAAAAACUAGGUGCGUCCUAUGGGUCGGUGCGUCCUAUAGGGCGAAAAAUACGGUGACAAGUAUUUAUUUUGGCAGGGCCAUCCAGAUUGUGGCAAAGCUGCCAUAUUGAACAACAGUGGAUUUCUAGCUGAAAGCAUUCUUGGGGCAGAAUUCGGCUAAGUUUUACUAAGCUAAGAGUUAACCCAGUAAAAUUAAUGGACCUAACUUAGUCAUGUUUAUUAAGUUCAGUGGUUACUUCAGUUGCAUAUCAUCCCAUAUCUCAUGAAGCACAUAUGAAGCUUCAGUGAGCAGAGAUAAGAGUUGGAUGACUUUCUGGACAAUGAGUUGCAAUAUGUUCAGUAACAGUAUAAUAGUAAAAUUAUCUCAACUUGCAACAUAGUGAGACUAGUGCUAUGCUUUGCUUACAAGCAAAAUUGUCCUUAUUUAAAUUCAUUAGGGAUAUUUGAAAUGAAAUUAAAAAAAAACUUAGUUAUACACUCCAGUGAAAUUUGCAUUUGACUUGGAUAUUUAGAACAAAACACUGGCAAUUGCAGGGUGUGUUCUUUCGAUAGCAAAAUCAGUACCAGAAUGUGGAACCUCUGUUUACGAGCAUCUCAGAAGUCGAAUGCUUUGGCUUUCUAACGCCGAAAGCCUGGAAGUAACUGCUUCAGAUUUUGAAUGAAUUUCGGAAGCUGAACGUCCCACGUGGCUUCCAUUUUGAGUUUCCCUAUUUUAUUGAGGCUUCCGCUUUGGUUUUCAAACGUUUCAGAAGUUGGAAUGGUCUUUUGCAAUGGAUUAAGUUCAAAAACUGAGGUUCCACUGUACCUUGCUCACUACAAGGUUCAAAUUGAAGGUUAGGAGCACAGCCUGGUUCAUGCUGAGUAUGCUUGAUACUGGUAAUACAGUAAGGAGCCAUGGUUAAAGGCGGUAGUAAGAAUUUUCAUAAGCGGAGAGGCACUGGUGAAUGGAGUAUGUCAUUGCACGGUCGGCUAACAAUCCCUUAAAUACAUUUUAGGGCUGGCAAGUGCUGUCUGCAAAGCUUUGAAUUCUAAAUAGAUCGCUAAACUCCAUAAUUACAGUUAACAGUAAUUGCAUUUUAAAAUGUUCAGUAUUUAAAAUUUGCAGGCUGAAAGUGGGUAGAAAGACUGUUAAAACGAUAACCUCCUCACCACACUUAACCUACUAAAUGUCUCCACUUUGGGUUUCUUGCUAUUUUUAAACUACUUUUCAGUGUUAUUGAAUUACAGAAGGCCUAGCACCUUAAACUUGUGUUUUCUUGUGUCAUAAUUCUUCCAUUGAACUAGUCUAUGCCUGCUUACUUUACCUUAUUUAUACACUGUUGUUGGGGGUGUUAUUGUUUUUAAAAAAAUCACAACCCCAAAGUAUGCACAACAUGUUCCAGCAUUUUUAUCCUAUAUUACCUUUUUAUACUUCACAUUUUAAGCAAUUAGUGUCGCCAUUGGUCUUUUGUAGGUUCUUCGUACUGGAGGAAGUCAACGUCCUCUAACUCCCAAUCAGGGUCAGCAAGGGCAGCAGGCAGAGUCACUUGCAGCAGCUGCGGCAGCAAAUCCAACUUUGGCUUUUGGUCAGGGUCUUGCCACAGGCAUGCCAGGUAUCUAAUGAUGAGUUAAGGAAACUAAGAAUCAGUUCAAGCUAAAUAUCCUAAAAAUCCUUCUGUGUUCACAGUAAUAGACUGCUGAGAUGCAAUUUCUUUGUAACGUGUUUUUUAAAGCUUCGGUAAAAAAUUGAAAUGUGACUUUCAUUAACCGUGUUUACAGCUGGCUGAAGAAAUGUAUGUACAAGAUGGGGGAGAAUAAUGUAGGCUGCUUCCAGCCCCCUUAACAUGAAGUGGUCUGUCUGUGCCCUCUCCAUGGGAGAAUUAAAUCAACUGUCCAGUGUUAAUCUCUUAAUUAUCACACCUUCAGAUUAUCAGGAGUAAUAAUGACUUGUAUUUUAAGAAACAUGAGUGGCAUUCCAGUUGUGCAGUGGCACUUUCCCAUCCCUCCUUCGUGCUUCAGCCCCUCGCAGCUGCCAAAAAUUUACUGCUGAGAGUUAUGAGAGAGUUAUGGUAUGGGAGCUGCUGAGGUGAGGGAGCUGCAGCUGGGAAGGAAAGCCAGCUAUUAGAGAAAAUCUCCUUGUACAAACAGAAAUGCUUUCCUUUUGUGCAAUGAGCUGUUUGGAUCCAAGGCAUUGUAGUUUUUGUGUGUAUCUUACUAUGUAAUAUUUACUGUUUGUGACAAUAUGCAACACACAGCUUAGUGCUUUGUCAGCAGUUUUUCGGUAUUGAUUCUGGAAAGUUUGAAUUUCAGAAAAACAGAUUUGAAACCACAUUCCUUACAUUGGUUCAUAAUAUAUUUCUACAUUAGAAUAUGCACUUCGAAGAGCUUCACCUUUGGCUAAUGGAUGUCUUAAAUUUGUCACAUGCAUUUUUACAUUAAGAACUUAGACUUGCAUGCAUGACAUUUAAGGAUAGCUACACUGAUUUUCUCUAUUGUCUGCUUUUAUGCAAGCUACAAAGUAUCAUUGGUCAUCAAGCAGUCCAGAAUAUCUAAUACUUAUAGAUUGGUUAGUAGCACAACAGUAAUAUUUCUAAGACAGCUCAGAAGCGCUAAGUAUAUACAGAUGCUUUUAGAGCUUUGCUGCUGCUACUUUGACUAUAUAUACAAAGCAUCUUCUAAACAUGUUGGCUCUCUGGUGAAUAGGUCAUCUGAACUGGUCCAGUUGAAGCUGUAACUUGUAUAUUUGUUUGACCUUACUUACCUUGUUACGGGUUUAGUGUCAUGUGAAAAUGGCACCUUGGGCUGGUGGUGAAUGUGGUAGAUGAUCUUUCAAAGACCGAAGAAAAAAAAGUGGCCACUACAAGUGGGAUUGUUGAAGUAUCAGGCUUAACUAUUUUUUUUUCUGGCAUAAGCUUGCUUGGGAAGUCCUUUGAACUUAAGCCACUGUGUGAUUAUAACACAGUUUUGGUAUCAUUUGCUCUGGAGUGUUUCUUUGACUCUGUUCUAUAUAAUUAUUGAACAUCUAAAGAACUGAUUGGCAUUCAAAGAUGGGAACGUUCUCUGGUUCUGUUGUGUUGCAACUUCAUCUUUUGGCAUACAUGUAGGUAGUUUGGGAGUAGCCCCCAUUCGACAAUUCAAGUUAAGAGGCAUAGGAUUGCACUGCUUAGCACAGAGCUUUCCAAACUUUUCGUGUUGCUGACACACUCUUAGGACAUGCAUCAUUUCACAACACAGUAACUCAGUUUUGCAUUUCGUGCCAGUAAUUUUACUAGCAAACCUGAGGUUAAACGCAGGGAGCGUUUGUGUGACACACCUGCACAGUUCAGCCGACACACUAACAUGUCAUAACACACAGUUUGGAAAGCUCUGGCUUAGCAUAGUUCUAUGUCCUACUGUUCUCAAUGGGACUUCUGUGUAUUUGGGUAUAGGACAGCAGCCUUAAUCAUUAAACACCUGUAGCUGGAGAGGAGUAGAGGUGGUUAGUUUUUUGUUCCAUUUGUUAUCUAUACAUGUAACAUCUAAUUUGUGUAGGGUUCUGUUCAGUGGUGUUCCUGCGCAAGUGGAACAGAUUUCCGCUCGAUGUGGUGGGCAAGGUAACUGCUGAGGUCAAACUAAUCAAGUUGAUAGGAGUGAGGUUGCUGAUUUGUCUUAGGGAGGCAAUGCUUAGGUUUUGUACUAGGGAAAAGCAGAAACCAAUACAACAAAUGACAAUGCUGUAGGAAAGGAUCACAGAAACUAGCUCAGUAUUUACUGUAUGAGCAUGUUAUACCUAACUCAGGAUAUGGGGCAGGAGUCAGCUUAUGAGUCCCGCUGCCAGAAGCCCACAUAAGGACCUCUGCCAGCACAGUGGGGCUUUCCACUUUUGUGUCCCCCAAAAAAUUGGUUUGGGGGAUCGGGAGAACCCCCUAAAUAGCACAUAGCGGUUGGGAAGGGGGUUAUCUUGUCUGGUAAGCUGAAAUAUUUGUGCUGAUGGAACAGUUGCCAUUGCGCUUUGUUGAAUUACUCCCUUGGUAAAUGAAAUGAACACUGACACAGUAAUUUACUAAUGAAUUAAUAUUAGCAAAAUAUACCAAAUUAUUUAUGAAAGAUUCACAGGCUGCCUUGGAAAGUUUCUGGAAGGGCAGUUUGUAAAUACCUUAAAAGAAUAAAUGGUACAGAAAUAGUAACAACUUCUCUGUUUCAUAUAAAGCAGCAAUUCUCACACCUUUUUUCCAAGGAAAUUUCCGCUUAAACAUUACUGGAGGUCUUGAUGGACCACAAUAAACUUUUAUUUCCUUCAGUACCAGCUUUGUCAAAAUCAGUGCUGUGAUAGGAAAAUCACGGAGCCCUGGCCAACUAGAGACCUUCAACUAACUGGUAGAUGUUUAGAAUAAAUUAGGCUACACAAGUGACAUAUUAUGAAAAUCAUAGGCCCUAGGUCAGGGCCUCAUUAGCCUGUUUGGUAAUUCUGGGUUGGGUUAAAAUGGCCUCUAUUUGUCAGAAGAAAAAAAUCAAGGCCAGAUAGUCUUGAGUGUUCUGUAACCUUUCUUAAAUGAAACUUACAUACCACCAGCUGUCUGCAGACCAGAGUUUGAGAGAACCUCUUACACAUAGAAAGGUAAAGGUCCUUUAGCUCAGAAGAUUGGAGGUGAUAGAUCAGAUCAAUGAAAAUAACAUUUGUUUUGUGCAAGAUCACUGCAGUGCUUGUUCUGCUGUCAUGAUUCAUAAAGUUUUUAAACAAAAUAACAUUUUUAACCCAUAGCACAAGGGUUCCUUUGAAUUUGCUGUCAUUAAUGUAGCAAUGAUUGGUAUUAAAGUCUUACUAUCAUGAUGUACAUGAUUAUUAGGUCACCUUUUUGUUAGGGCCAGAAAGUCAGUCAAUUGACUAAACAAAUAAUUCAGUGAAGUCAAGAAUUCCCUUCUUGACUCUGUCAGUACUCUUUCUUUUUCUUUUUCUUUAAUGGCAGCAAUUAGAGGAAUCAGGAUUGCACUCCUGCACACCCCUUAUCUAGGAAUAGCCACUGCCCUCUCAAAAACCCACAUGUCAUAGCUUUCAUCGGCUGUAUGCUGUAAUUGGCUGCUGCUUUGUUCAGAAUUGCAGUUUACAAGAAACGUGGAGAAAACUCAUACAUCCAUCAUCAGAGGGUGCACAGAGCACAGGUGUUAAAGCAUCCAUUGUAGUUGCUGUGAGGAGAGUAGGCUGCUGUAUGAUCAUACACAGUGUUCUAUAAAACUCCUGGGGUCUUCUAGAGUGGCCGCCUUCAAACUUGGAUGUUGCAAGACUACAACUCACAGCAUCCCAGAUCAGUGUCUAACUGGCUGGGAAUGAUGGGAGUUGGAGUCCGAAAACAGAUGGGAGCCCAAGACUGAAGAACACUGUCCUAGAGUUUAGUAGCUUCUCUAUGACCAAAGUUAAAUCUUUUAACUAUAGCGGUACCUCGGUUUUUGAGCGUCUUGGAAGCUGAACAUUUCAGUUUUUGAACGCCAAAAACCCGGAAGUAAAUGCUUCCAUUUUCGAACGCGCCUAGGAAGUUGAACGGCUUCCGCUGAGUUUCCCCCCCAAUUUUCUCCAUUGAAAUUGCAGGUUGCCCUUUGUGCCUCGGUUUUCAAACGUUUUGGAAGCCGAACGAUCUUCCGGAAUGGAUUGUGUUCGAAAACCGAGGGACCACUGUAUUUUCAAUAAAUAUUUCACUAGGCAAAAUGACCUAAGUUUUUGGCAGGCUGCAGUACAGUAAUUAAAAUUUCACAAAACAAAAUGCAAAUGCUAUUUUGUACCAUACAAAUGAACUUGCACCACAUCUACAUUGCUCUCAACCUUUAUAUUGGCACUCAUACAUUUAAAAAUUUGAGCCUCCAGUAUCAUGCAUAUUUAUAAUGAUAUAUUGCACUAUUGUGUGAUAUGCUUGACCUCAAAAAGCAGGUACAUUUCCUGAGGAGUGUUCUUUAUGCAAAAAAAACAAACAAAGAAAAACAGUUCUUGGCUCUGUUUGUUCUAGAGAAGGGCCAUCUAUUUGAUAAAGAGCGGUUUUUAUCUGUGAAAGAGUUUUUGUUAUAUUACUUGUAACAUUUAUUCUCUAACGGCCUAUUCUGCAUUCUUUACAGAGGAGCAGUAAAGCAGAGUGCAGUGAAAGCCUGACCCAUUUGCUAGCAUGUGAAAAUGGUAGUGAAGGUAGUAGAAAAGAACAGCACAGUCUAGUUUUGAAUAUGCAUUUGUAAUAUGAAACUACAAUUCUCCUGUUCCUCAGAAGGUUUCAGUAUCCCUGUAACUAUAUAUAGUUCUUUGUUGAUUUCAAAUGGUAUAGAGUCACAUGCCUAUGAACAUGCAUGUGAUCUCCAGUAUCCCUUUCUCCCCAUUUAAUGUGCACUAUUUGCUUGUAUUUACAACAAAAUGAAACACAGAGCCUCCUGGGCAUAAUCUGCCACUUGCAUGCAGCCCUUACAUGCAUGGAAGGGGGACUUCAGAAGAAACCAUUGACCUUUUUCCCCAUCUCCUUGAUUGGCCCUGGGUUUCCACACACGUUGUGACAAAUACACAGCAGUGCAUUGGCUUUUUACAUCUCUGUAGAGGUGACAGAUUUGCAGGAUGGAUCAGCCCCACUCCCCUAAGUUUUGGGGUUUUUUUGUUCCCCCUUCCAAAAAAGUGCUUUUUAAUAAAAAAUAAUAAUUUUAAAAUGAAACUGUUAUGCUGAGGUGUCCUCCACUGUGGUUCUGUAGUGUUGCUGUGGGGUGUGGGGGUGUGUCACCAGUUCUCUAAAAACAGAUGCCUCUGCCUUGGCUGUAUACAAGCAGCACUCUUUCAGGUCAUGUUAGGUGGCUCAUGCAGCAUUUGUUACAUUCGUUCCCACUGUCUCAGAAAAGCCAUUAUUUUGUAUUUCUUUUCCUUACUUGGAAAGCUUGGGGCAGACAGUUAGGAGAGCAAAUAGAUGAAGGCAGAUGGGGGAGUGGCUCAGAGACAGUUGCUCUGUCUAGUCUUUAGACAAGCAGGUGCGUGGCAAACUGUACCUCCGAGCCAAACCUUUGCCACUAGAUUUGGAAUAGAAUUGGUUCAUCUUUUCUAGGAGAUAAAAAGCUGUCAGCUUGCUCGUUGUUUAAAAAGCGAUGUGUCAUAUAGAUGCAAAAUAAAACGCUUAUCCCAAAAUAAAUAAAUUUUACUAGUGUUUGUUUUGUAUUGAUUAGGCUAUCAAGUCUUAGCCCCUACUGCCUAUUACGAUCAGACUGGUGCAUUGGUAGUGGGUCCUGGGGCCAGAACUGGACUUGGAGGACCUGUCAGAUUGGUGGCUUCAACACCUGUCAUCAUCAGUUCUGCAGCUGCACAAGCAGGUAGGUAGAUCUUUUGCAGCACUAUCACAAUUUGAUAGGGAAACAUUCUAACAGUAAUCAGUUCUCUCCCCCUGCUUGCUCUCUUUCAAAUAGUGUUGCUUUAUAGCUAGCAUUAUUUGCUCAUAGCUCCCGCAUAUAUGCAAGAAAGUUUGUGUUCGGGUUGUUUCUCUCAAGAUUUGCAUCUCCUGUCCCUUCCCAAGCAUAAAAAGCUAAAUUACUGAAGGACUAUUUCCUGGAUUGUUUCAGAAAUUCCCUUUUACCACCACCACCAAAUGCAGCUCUCUUUAGAUAUUGGACAUGUGGAGAAAUGAUUGUAUGAACCAGGUUGUACACAGGUGAACAGAAAGUAGAUUGAGAUCUGCUGAUAACACUCUGGGAGAUUUGCAGUAGACCUGCAAGGGUUUUUGAAUCUCAGUUCUUAAAAAAAAUCAGGCACAAAAUGACUUACUAACCUUGAAUUAAGCUGCUGAAAUAAAGAAAGCCAUUGUGUGAAUGGUCUGGGAGCUUAGCCCGGUUCAAUUCUGAUACGGAAUUGAAAUGCUGAGGCUCAGAAUGUGCUCAGAGGCACCUUGGUUUUUUCCUGUAUUUAAAAACCCAAGUAGAAAUCCCAAAAUUAAAUCUGCCGUACUUCAGUGCUGUAACUUGCCUGCUUUGCAUGCAUAAGUUCCAAGGCUCGUUCUUUGGCAUCUCUAGGUAGGGAUGCGAAGGUCUUCUGAUUUGAAACCCUGAGGAACUGCUUUCCAUCUGUGUCAAUAGUAAUGAGCAAGAUGUAGCAAUAGUUGGGCUCUAUAUAAGGCAACCUAGCAUGUUUCUAUUACCACCCCCCACCCCAGCCGCUAUACAUGUUGGUAGUAAUUUCUGUGAUGGCAGCAUGCUGCAAUUACAGAAGGGACCUCCUGCCGUUGCUAAACUGUAGCUACGCCCAUGUUAGGCAAAAAGAUUCCUGCAUUGCAGGGGGUUGGACUAGAUGACCCUUGUGGUUCCUUCCACCUUGAUAGGAGUCUAUGCGCAGUCUAAAACACACAGACAUUCUACCAUAACAUAGGAAGCCAUGCCCAGGAAGUAGUUUGGGGAGAGGAAGAGUAAUCGCUGAAUGUUAAAGGAGCGUUUUGCUUUGUUCUGCUCUCCUAAUGUGGGGGUUGCUUCAAAGCCUUGCAGGUAAGCUUGGUGUAGCUAUAGAGUGAAUAAUACGAAAGGAACUAAAAGGAGUGGUUUCUAAUGCCGGGUUUGAUGAUUUGAUUCUUUUUGUUUUAUUUUUGCAUUCAGAAAAUUUUGGCAUCAACCCCCCCCCCCCCCAAAAAAAAAUAAUAAUAAUAAUCCGGCAUAAGGUUAAGGGUGACUUUAGUUUUCAAGAGAUUUAUUUGGAUGAGGCAGAAGGGUACCUGGAUCCUAGUCCUGUGCUUGCUGUAAACCCAUGAAGUAGAAGUGGGGGAAACUGAAUAGCCAUACUGGGAAAAGAGUAUAUAAUAGUGCCUGGGUUUCAGAUACUGUUUUCCCUCGACAGUGAGCAGGGAAGUGAAGUGACGGCCCAUCAGAUUCACCCUAACAGCAAACAUUGAAAGGGGGAAAGCAGUGAGAAAGAUGGCAGCACCUGAGGCAAAGAGAUAACACCCCUUUGCUGCAUGUGCAGUAGAAGACUUGGAAAAGAGGAAAGGUCUUUUUAAUUCCUUGCUGCUUGUCUUUUGCAGAAAGCAAUAACUACUCUUAAUCCUUCAGCUUUCUGUGAAAGACCAGCAUACAAGUGGGAGAUCCCUCUCCUUCUCCAAGCUCUUUACAGUUUGUGGAGAUAGCAUCCAAGGCAGGACAGCUUUCCACAGUGGGAAAGGCUGUUGAAUUUGUAGACCCCUUUUCAUUUCCCCAGCAAUUUGCUCUUGUAUUUUCAUUUAAAAUUCAUUUAAUCUACUUAACACCUUAUGCAACUGGGAUCGUUUUUGCGUUGGAUAUUUCUUUUGUUCACUGAUGAUUUGCCUUUAUGGGAGAGAGUAAUGAAAAUAGUAGUCUCAUUUUUCUAAAAUCGAAAUGUUCUAGAAUCUGAUGACUGAAAACCAUGUCUCUUUACAGCAGCAGCAGCUUCAGCUGGAGGAACAGCAAACAACCUCACAGCAGCCACAAACGGGCUUUUCCGGCCCCUUGGUGCCCAGCCGCAGCCACAGCAGCAGCAAACAAACAGUAGCCUACAGUCCAAUUCAUUUUAUGGCAACAAUACUUUGACCAAUAACUCCCAGAGCAGUUCACUCUUUUCGCAUGGCCCUGGCCAACCAGGAAGCACAUCCCUUGGCUUUGGAAGCAGCAGCUCCUUAGGAGCUGCCAUUGGCUCUGCACUCGGUGGAUUUGGCGCAUCUAGUAAGUUACAUUUUUAAAGAAGGAAAACUGAACAGGUUGUAUGAAUUGCUGUGGAUGAAAGAAAAUCCUGUUUUUGCAUAUUUAUUUCCUACAUGCAUCAAAAAUGGUACAUCUGGAGUUCAACGGAAGGCAGUUUAGCCUGCUAGGCCUUGUACACGAGAAACAGGGUUGAGCGUGUUGAUGCCUUUGACAGACAGCUCACAUUUGGAGCUUUUCAAACCAAUUCUCUAUUGUGGUUGAUUUGUCUUGUGCUUUUCAAAGUUUAUGUCCCUUAAAUGCAACUAUGGCUGAGCAGUGGGCAAGCGAAAUUCCCGCCCUCCCAUUCCUAUUGGACCUGCUUUAGUUUAUAAAUGUUUAGGAAUAGCCAUUUUCUUUUAUUUUCAUUGGACAAUGAUCGUUACUGUUUCAUUCACAGCUUUGGUAACACAAGUACCUCAACACCUUUCUAGAAUUUGUCAGCCUGUUAAGAUUGUGGAAAUUGGUUUAUUAUUGAAGGAAGUGUUGAAUGUAUGGUGAAGCACACAUGAGUAGUUUGUUGUUUGCAUUGCAUAGAAGAAGGUCUGUGUGAAGCACACACAAUUCUGCGCACAUUACAAAAUAUAAGUGCGCUUGCACACCCUGACAGUGGAAAAUGUCCCAUGUGAAACAAUUUUUUUAAUGUAUUGGAGAAUUUAAUAAAACUCUUCACUUUUGACCAUUAUAAGCAUUUUCCCUUUUUAGUCUUGUAGGACUGUUUUUAUCUUAGCCAGUAAAUUCCAUUUUUUAAAUGAGUCCAUAUAAUGUAGUGUAAAAAAAGAUGCCCUUUGUACAAAUCUUAAAAUGCUUUCAACAGAAAGCUAUGAAUGGCAAAAUGGAGAAUUAUGUCCAUGUCAUUUUUACACAGAGUACCCUUAAGACUUCCAAAGUUUUGUUUUGUUUUGUUUUUCACUCCCUUAGCUGAGUAUGAUACAGAUGUGCCCAUUUAUAAAAACAACCUUAUUGUAGUUUUGUGCUCCUUGUACCCUGGCACUAGUUAAUUGCAGCCAUUUGUUAUUUCCAAGUUUAAUCCUGUAAUCUUGGCUUGAUUAUAUAAACAUAAGUCCAUUCAAGUCCCCAAUUAUGUUUGAGAGUGCUAUGCAUAUACUAUUUUUAAAAGAGCUCUUCAUAUUGAUAAAUCGUUUCCCCAGUUAUUAUGUUUGUUAAUAAUGCUAUCCAAAAUUAGAAUUAAAAUAUUAGCUGCGACUUAUUUCUUCUUGUUAUUUGACUAGUCCUUUGUAGCGUGCUAAAAUCAGAUUCUACAAAGCAGAGUAGGGAUAUAGCAAAAAUGUGUGUCACACAUCUCCAGGUUGUGGGUGGGUAGUAUAUUAAUCCUCUCAGGCAAAUGUUAUAUGUUGCUUGAGUCCUAGAUGAUUGAUAGACACCAGCCUGCUUCUGUAUUUAAUUUGACAUAAUGAUGAGUGGCAGUUAAUCUGGACAUACACUGCAUUUCUGAAUUAAAAGCAGAAAAUUUUUGACUGCUUCUUAACAAACAGGUGAAGCAGUUCAAGAUAUUUGCUCGCAUUUGCUAAACAGGGAAGCAAAGUUUUACCUAGUGUCUUCAAAUAUGUUUAGGUAAUCUCAACAUCUGCCCAUUGCCUUUACUUUCACAUAAAGUUACAGAUUAAGAUUUUUUAAAUGGUAUGACAUUUAUCCUACAAAAUUCAAGUACGUCAUUGAACUAUUAGUCCAUACUUUUAAAGUACAUAUCCCAGUUCCUUGUUUAAACGUGACCACAUAUAUUUGGCUAUUGCAGUUCAAAUCCCUUUUAUGAUCUGCCUUCAAAAUGUCAUUGGACCUUUUCUUUUUUAAAAGAGUGCUUACUUAGAGAGUGUGAUCAAUUUGAAUGCUUCUGAGAAGUGUGGAAUCUCAGGAAAAAAUUUUUAGUAGCAAUUGUGAAGUAGCAUGGAACAAAAUGUCUCUUAGGGAUUCUCCUGUAGAACCAAAUCCCGUAGCACUACUGAGCUGGGGGUUGUUGCGGGGGGAGCUCCUGUCAAUAUAGUAAUUCAGCUGGAGGGGGGAGGGGACACCAUUUACGGAAAUUAUUUCAAAUUAAUACUCCGCUUCAUUGGUUCAUUUUAACACAGUACGACAUACCUGACUAUUGGUCCCAAAGCCCGACUCCAGUGUAUCAAAAUAACCUCAGAAAUGUUACUAAGUCUUGAGUGUGUCGAGACUUGGCGAUUGCUUAAAAUCCUUCCUGAUUUGAGGGAUGAUGCUUGUGCUCAUUUUGUGAUUUAUAUUAAAUCAUGUGUGGUUAUCACAGUUAAUUUGUCUUUGGAAUAAUUUUGAUUGUUAUAAUGAUUGUGAUCACAUCUGUUAUGACCCAGCUGUAGGUUGGGGCUAGGUUUUCCUUGGUUGACGCUGUAUGUAAUAGGGUCUUUUUAUUUCUUCCUUCAGUUGGCAGUUCUGCAAGUAGUAGUGCCACAAGGAGAGAGUCUCUAUCUACUAGCUCUGACUUGUACAAAAGAUCUAGUAGCAGCCUAGCACCCAUAGGGCAGCCAUUUUACAAUAGUCUGGGAUUUUCCUCCUCUCCAAGCCCAAUAGGCAUGCCUCUGCCAAGCCAAACUCCUGGACAUUCACUUACGCCUCCGCCUUCACUUUCAUCACAUGGAUCCUCAUCCAGUUUGCAUUUAGGUAAAAAAAACAAAAGCCCUUUUUUGUUUGUGUAUGUAUGUGUGUAUAUGUAUUUUUCUAUGUAUAUUAAAUAUUUUUAUGUUGGGUUAAAUGUCAAUUUGCCUCUUCAGUAAAGGAAACAAAUGUUGCAUAACGGGCCGGGUCCCAGUGUGUUGCUCAGCACAGUCAAAUCUUUUAAUGGAAGCAGUUACCGAAAGUUAAAUGAGCCCCCUGGAGCAACAUGUUUUUCCAUAACCACCCUUGCCGCAUCAAAACGAAAGCCCGAUUUCUAGAGAGAAAAAACAAACCAAGAUUGGGUUGUUUUGUUGUUGUUGUUGUACGACAGGAAAAGGUAUAUAUAUUCCUCUUGUUUCUGUGUUAAACAUAUGUCUGCUAUUUAUGGAGUCGGCUUUAGGCUAAUGUUUGGUGCGUGGUAGUGACAGGAAUUAUGAUAUCUUUGUUAAAGAAAAGCACAUGCAAAGUUUGCAGUACUGAAAAAUCCUGCUUUUUGAACCAACAGGUUAGAAUGAUUUUGCAGGAAGUCUUUUAGAAACUUGCCUUCAAAACAGCUGGAGGGGGAACAGCAGUGAUAUGUAGUCUAUAAUACAUCCUCUCCAUCACACCUACUGCAUUAGUAAUAUUUUCAUCAAAUUUUGUUUAUGCUGAUAAAUGUUUUAUUUAGCAUGGUAUUAGGCUUAUUUUUAAAAGAUUGAAUUACAUACAUUGGGGGGGGGGGGCUUUUUGUGCAAUUUGCAAUUCUGAACCUUUCUGUUAGUAAUGCUGUGAGCUAUGUAACUUCAGGUUAGUAUAAGCUGUGUAACUGAAGGUUGUAUGCUUUACGCUUGUGAGCUGUAGAGGCACUGGGAAUUUUGCUAGAGAAGGGUUUCUCUACCACACAGAUAUGAAAACAUGACUACCAGACAUGUUUUAAAAUGUCAUACAUAUUAUAAAUCUACUUGUGCUAUAAUGGCACAGUACGUAAAUAAAUACUCUUUGGUCUUUCCCAUUGACUUAUAAAAACAGGCAGUUUAGGCAUAUAUUUAUUGGCCCUGUAUGGCUGUAUAUAGAAAAUAAAGUACUUUAAAAAGUGCUGCAUGUAGAAGUAGUACUAAAUAAACCUAUGUAAGAUGUGUAGAUUAUAAAGUGCAAAGUAUCCUUAUUAAAAUGAGGCUUCAGUCUAAAAUAUUGUCAUUUUCUUUAUAAUAAAUUAUAUUAUAAAGUAGGUCCUGAUUGUAAGCUUACAGUAGGCAGCCAUUGUGAGCACAGGAGGCUGGACUAAUAGGCCCCAAAUAAAAAGAUAGAUUUUAUUAUCCAAACUAUGUUUUUUCUUUGUUUAUUUUUUCCUAAAAUAAGUUAGCUAGAAGAUGAAGGUAGCACUUAACCCAUUCUUAUGAAGUUAAGUUGGUUCUAACUGCAUUGAAACAAAGAUUACCAGAUGUAAAACAGUAUUCAAGGUUGUCUAGCCUUGUACUUGAAUAUUGUCUCUCCUUGGAGACAUUUUUACUUGGAAUGUGUUUCAGGUUCUCUUGCACCUCUGCAUUUGAGUAGGGUUUGCAUCUUGCCUCUUGAUCUGUCCCCAGGAAGAACUGAAGUUUUCUGUCACAGUGCAAGGAAAAAUACCAGCUUCCUGUAAGCACAGUGGUUGACAAGAGACUUAUGUGCAUAUACCCAGGAUUUUCCAACCCCAUCUCCUACCAAAAUGCUUGGCACACCCAGAAAAGCUGUUACUAAAUACAGUCAUACCUCGGAAGUCAAACAGAAUCUGUUCCGGAAGUCUGUUCAACUUCCAAACAUUCGGAAACCAAAGCGUGGCUUCUGAUUCCGAAGCCCUGUCGGAUAUUCGGCUUCCAAAAAUAGUUCCCCGACCGGAACAGUUACUUCCGGGUUUGCGGCAUCCGGAACCAAAACGUUUGAAAACUAAGCUGUUCAAAAACCGAGGUACGACUCUGUAUUCCUGAGUGGAAUUCAGUAUGAUGUUUUUUAUUUUUUUGCAAAAGAAGCACUUGCCUUAAUAGCACACCACUCUUUAGAUUCCAUCCAGAAUCAGACCUUAUUUGUUCUCUGUAGUCGAGAGCAAAGGUGACCCGAGGCGCUUCUUGGUUUGACAUUACUCUCCUGUAAAUGACAUAUGAUUAGGCCGGCUGUACUCUGGCUAAAACUUUAAAAUUCUGCAUUGGGAUAAUCCCAAGUUCAACAAAAGCUAUCCUAUAGCUCUGAAAGUUAUUAAUUAAGUUGUUCUUAAUUUGCAUAGUUUGUGCUGCGUUGUUUUAUUCUGCUUCUGAACAUUCAUGGAAGACACAAAAUAUGUAUCCAUUUAUUAUUAUUAUUAUUCUGUGCCUGCUGGAAGCCUGGAACUUAGCAACUCCCCAGGCUUUUGAUAUUUUACCAUACAUUAGACACUUCAUUUAAUUCUGAAAUGUCUAAAAAUGAAAGGUGAGAUUCAUAACACUUUGAAAUCUGCACCCAGUACACCUUCUGUGGCUUUUUCUGCUUGAUCAGAAAUAAAGCAGGCACACACUGUGCUAUGAUCAUGACCAUUUGUUCAAACCUGUACCCAAAGCUCACAGUGUGGAGUACUGUUGUUUAGGAUUAGAUGUUCAAUGCCAUUCCUCCCUGUCCUGAAGGUCCAUAUCCAACCUCAUCCUGGUAGGCAGCAUUCCAUGCUCACUGAGCCUACAAAGCCUGUGGUGGGCUGCUUCUUGGAGUUUCCCCUCCAUAGAUAGAUAGAUAGAUAGUUACAUACAUAGAUACAUAUAUAGAUAUAUGUAGUGGGGAGGGAAGAGAUGGAGUCAUCUGGAUGCUCAUGCCCAUCCCAGCUAUAUUAAAUUAUUAUUUUCUCCAUUGUUGUCUAUGGGCAGCUCUGUCUUCCAGCCUUUGAGGAUAUUCAGAAAUAGCUUCUCAGUGUGAACCAGUAAGUGAUCUAUCCAGCCAAUAAGAUGGCUCUUUCUACCCUUUUAUACAUAUACCUGCAACUUCAGACCUCGCUGUAAUGAAGUUUGACAUCAGUGGCUAAAAUCAGUAGUUUUGAAAGGUCCAAUCCGCCAUCUGGAUUCCAAACAACAGCCAGUUAUAUCCAAACAUAGAAGGCAACCUGCUUCUUAUCAGGAAAUAAUAAUAAUAAUAAUAAUAAUAAUAAUAAUAAUAUAGGAACUAUAUACCACCCUUUAUCAAAAGAUCUCAGGUUGGUGUGCAACAUUAAGAACACAUUUUAUGGAGCAUAAAAAUAAAAACAUAAUAGACAGGAUCAUAAUAAAAUAAUCAUAGUGUCUCUCCCUCCCCGCCCCAAAGUUUUCACAAGCCAUAUAUUAUUUAAUGGUGAAAGGCCUGGGUAAAGAGGAAUGUUCUUGCCUGGCACCUAAAAACAUGUAAUGCUCAUGCAAAAUUUGGUUAUUAUCUCUUAAAAGGUGUUCAGAUGUGUGGCAAACAAACAGCUUUCCAAAAAACACUAGAGACAUCUGUUUCUCUGUUCUCGUGUUCAGUCAAUUCGCUCCUCCCACCCACUUGUCAGUUCCACUGAGGAGUUAUAGUGCUGUAUUGAGGUUUUUGUGCAUUGAUGGUACAGUGUGGGCUACAUAAAGCACAGACACAAAAAGACUCAAAAUGGAGGCAAUCUGAUAUAGAGGCCCUCCAUCCAAGCAGGCUGUAAAAGCUGCUGCCUUUUUAAUUGCAAUAAUUUCAACUUCCAAAUUACACUGUGUCUUUUUGUACAGUAACGAAAACCUCUUAAUAUGCCUUUAUGACUGUCUAGCUGUGUGCUCUGAAGGAUGCUUUUGUGUGGGCGCUUUUUACAUUAAAAAUUAAAUUUUAAAACAUCAUCUAGGAAAUUAAAAUGUUAGCUUUUCAGAUGAUGAUGUGAGAAUUUCCUAAAGCAUAACUUUGCGCAGAAUUUCAGUGACCAUUUGAAGCAUGCACAUUUUGCUUCUAAAUAGCUAGUUGAACAAAUUUUACAGGUCUUUGAUGCAGAAGAGUGCGCUGUACCCAGGAGUGUUCAUACCUUUGCAGAACAGACACCUGCUCAUGCAACAGAACUUCCUCUUCCUUUUUUCCCCCUGACACGCACCCCCUCAAUUUGCUGUGGGAGGGGGAGAUUGCGGGACACCCCAUGGAGCAGAUUUGGGGCUGCAAAGCAGAGGAGAGAAAGGGGAUGCCCUGUUUUAUGAGCGGAAAUAACCCAUAGUGUUGAAUUUCACCUAUAGUAUCCGGAUAGACAAAAAAUGCUUUGCUUAAGGAACCUCUGCACACUGCCAGGAGGUGUAGAAUUAAUAUGCCCUGUUAUCAUAUUGAGCUAAUAAAGUUUCAAACUGAGAAUUCCUUGCAAGUGGAUGAAAAAGUAGCUGGUAGUUCUACUAACAUGUUGAAUUAUCUGCAGAUUGUUUUCUUUCUUUGUUAUAUACAGUAUAUGAGUCACUUUUCCCAUAGUGGCUCAGAGUAACUUACAAUAGAAUAAUAGAGCCAUAGAGUUGGAAGGGACCCAAGAGUUCAUCUAGUCCAACCCCCUGCAAUGCAGGAAUCUCAGCGAAAGCAUCCAUGACAGAUGGCUAUCCAACCUCUGUUUAAAAACCUUGUGGGAAUCUGUUCCACUGCCAAACAGCUCUUACUGUCAGAAAGUUUUUUUGAAUGUUUAGUUGGAAUCUCCUUUCUUGUAACUUGAAGCCAUUGGUUCCGAGUCCUACCCUCCAGAGCAGGAGAAAACAAGCUAGUUCCCUCUUCCAUGUGACAGCCCUUAAGAUAUUUGAAGAUAGCUAUAAUAAAAGCAAUUGAAAAAGUCCUAUAAACAUCUAAAAGCACAGUUAUACAGAUAAAAGAUGCAGACUUAGGGAUUGCAUCCCACUAAAAGAGGCCGUAAUGGCACGCUUUCGAUUAAAAGCCAAAAGCUCAGGUUAAGAGAAAAGUCAAACCUACAGUUAAAGUAGGUGAGGGUUUCUCACCCCAAAAUUCUCAGUACCUAAAAUGGUAUACAUCAUCAAGAUUUAUGGAGAGUUUCUCUCUCAAGAAUAAGUGCUAGCUUUUGGAGUUGUACCAAAAUGGGUUAGUCAGAGAGAGAGAGAGAGAGGAAAAAAGAAUAGGCUCCAUUAUUUCAUCUUUGCAAAAUUUAUGCUGCAUGAGAAUCUGUAUUUGUACUUAUUGUUCCAGCUUUCAAACAUUUCAAACAUAAAAAUUCAGAUUUGAAUUGCUUAUGAAUCAGGUCUGUCACCUCUCUAGUUCUUUGUUAGCUCUAUAAAGAAGAAUAUCAGAAUGUGUCUGGGUUGUACUCAGUGCUUUGUGAGCAGAACUCCACUCAUGCAACAAGGCUUUCCCUUCCUCUCCCCUGCAUUUCUCAAAAAUCUGCUGUGGUGGGAUUCCCCAGCCCUGUGGAUCUGAUUUUGAAGGAUGGCUUCAGGAAAGGGGAUAGGAAGGAAAAGUUCUGUUCUACAAGCAGAAGUCUCUUAAGAUGGUGGAACAUUGGGUAUCUCCUUUUUUCAAUAUCACAAAAAGGAUUUCUUAGCCUGUUUAUAUUGUAUUAUUUUCUGUCUUGGAGAAAAUUCAGAGGCCCAAACUAGUGAGCAGGGUCUUAGAAUAGAAAUCUCAUUUUAUCUUUUGUUCAUUGCUCUUUUCUUGACCCCUUUUUAUGAAUUGUUUUUCCCAGUGUGUUUGCUCUAUUUCUUUACCUUGCCUGCCCUCAUCUUCACCAUGAUAUAGAGAUGCUGUUUUCACCUCUGCUGUGUUUAUUAUUUCUGCCAUCGUUCUGUCACUGCCUUCCUUCCACAUACCUGAAUAUAUACAGAAGUCUUGAUCUAGCUAGUUUGAUUUCUUACAGCGUUGGUGGUAAAAACAUCAACAGAUUAUUUCAUGUCACAUUUUAUAAAAUGACUGGGGCAAGAUUUUCUGUAGAAGAUGGAGAACAAAACAAGAUUAUUCCCCUUUUGUAUUUGCCACUACUUGCUAAAUAACUAAAAGAAAAAAUUGUUUCCAGGGACUAUUUUCCAAAUAAGAUUAGUAAGUCAACUUGUUCAUAGCCUGAAGGAUCACAUGCUAAAUGCAAAUCUGAUCACACAUUUAUAUUUAGUAACUUUGGCUAUCAAGUAAAGUAAAAUGGAAAAAUGUUAUGAUUUAAAUUCAUGGGCUUUUGUUUAAAAAACAAACAAAAACAAAUCGUGUGCAAGAUAUUCCUCAUUUGUUAUGCCUUGAUUGUGUGCGCUAAUAACACCACAAAGUGGGUGCAAACUAAAUUCUUCUUAUGAAUAAGAAUUUUUAUGCAGAUCAAUAAUACAGACUUUGGAGUCUGUGCACUUAAAUUACAGGAAAUGGUACCUAAUUCUUUUCACUUGAUUAUUAAGCUAACUUUGCUGCCACCUGGUGGCUUUCACCUUGUUACUGCAUUGAACCUAGUGCCUGUAUUCCCAGAUUUAAAUCAACAUUUAGUCUUCAGGUGUCCAUAUUAAUAACACUGCAAAGUAAGUUUCCUCUUCAUGCAGGCUGACUUCCAGAACAAGGACUGGUCAUUUUUAUUUCUCUGUACCUUCAGAAAAGAGGGCAGAAGGAAAACGUCAGGUUCUCUUCUUAACUCACCAAGCUGCUUCACUACUAUUCUGUCCUUUCCUCUUCUGUGGAUGUUUAAGAAAUGCAAAACUGAUGUGUCUGUGUUUUACCUGUGCAUAACUUACCUGUCACUAUAUCUCUGAAAACAGGGGCUGUUCAUAAAAUCUAUAUAAAAGCAAUGGUUAAAGAGAUCUGGUCAUUUGAGUAGCUCAUAUAAGUGAAGUCCAAUGAGUGGGAUCCAAGAAACUGUUGCUUACAGAAGAGACUUCCCCCCACUGCCUCAUUGCUACUGCAGCCUGUGUUUCUUCCUAUGAACUGUGCCAGGGAAUUUGCUGGACUCUCUGCAGUACAUGGGACGUAGCAAAAAGGGGCAAUCUCUUUCCACAAUGGGCUCUCUGGACCCUACCCCCAUCUUGUAACUAACAUAGUAGUCAAGCUACUAAAUCUUUGUGCUGGCCUUUCGCUGUGAGCAGUACUUGUUCAAUAUGUACAUUCUAAGCUGUUGUGUGUAUCACUAUCUAUCUCGCUGGCUUUCUUCAGAUUUGCUAAAAACUGAUAUCGUGCUAUGGACUUUAAUCCAGUUUUGGAUGAUAUAUUGAUAUAUAUCGCCCAGCCCUAGCACCGACCUCUGACCUCCACCUGGGCAAGCCAAAGGUGUCGUCCAGGGCACGUUCCAGACAGGCAAAAACUCCCAAGGAGGGUGUGAAUCAGGGACCAGUGACGAAAAAUGGUCUGGAGAAAGUUCUGAGUGUCAAGUAGAGGUCUGGGAGACCGCAUCCAGGUUCCUCACUCCUAUUCCUGGGGGGAAAUAAUUCAGCAUGAGCUAUUUUCUUAAAUUGAGCAAUUGGGGGGGGGGGUCUUUUGCUAAAUCACCGCCAUUACUUGGGUCUAGUAAGCGUGCAGUAAGUUUGAUGUAUUGAUAAUGUAACUAUAGGUUUGGUUUUUUUUUUUAAAAAAAGCAGUUGAUUGAAUCCAAAGGUUGCACAAGCAGAAGACAGCUCAUGCAACCAAUCUUUUUAUUGUAGCCGCAGCUCAUGCUGUUCAGGAGGACUCCCAGCCCUCCAGAGAGACUUUGUGGAGACGCAGGCUAAGAGGAAAUACCAGUUGCAUGAGUGGUCUUCAACUCAUAUACAGACUGUGGCUCUAUCCCAGUGUCAGCUUGAAAACGUUCUAUCACCUUUCCUAAGUGAUCAGCUAAAUUAAGCUGUGCUGGUUAGACUUGUAUGUUUAAUAUGAUCCGUAUUUUAUUUAAAUUAAUUACUCACCCCCCCUGAUCCCCCCCCCAUAUUUGCACCAAAGAUUCCAAACCAAAAUAAUUUAUGUGUGGAUGACAAGUUUUCCAUACUUUACUUUCACAUCCCACACAGUGAAUGCUGGAUUGGCCUCCCCUCUGUUACCUCACAGGGCUGGUUCCAUGCUAGUAACAUCAGCAAAUGUUUGCUGUAGACUAUCUGUAAGUCUCUAGACUAGUGCUUAAAUAACAUGAACCAAAUUGGCAUGGUGAGUGCUGGCUAAUCAAUGUGGCUUAAGAUGUCUUCUUUGCAAAAGCUUCCAAUUUUGAUGUUGUCUUAGUAGCAGUUGACCUUGUGCUUUGUAGAGGCGGGAGCUAUGUGGCUGUUUUGGGAGAAGCCAUAACAAAGCAGUCAAGGCAGGGCUUUGAGUAUGUCUUCUGAAAACCUCUGAAAAUCAGACUUCCAGAUUCUUUUUCUAUACAAACAUUGAUAGCAUAUUAAGAAGCUGUCCUACUGAACUUUCACAUUAAUCCUUAAGAGAGGAAGUGUGAAGGUCUUCCGCUAUUUACAUAGUGGGUUGCUUCGAUUUAUAUCAUAGAACGGACCCACUGAAAUCACUGAAGUUAGAUUAGUCAUUCUCAUUUAAAUCAGUGUAUGAUUUAAAUCAAGAGUAUGACUUCAAUUGAUACAACUUAGCCUGCCAAGUGUGAGAGUCCGGAAAGAGUAGCUGAUGAUUCGCUUUAGUUCCUGUGGUUGGCAUAGCGUGUAUACUAGUUGCCCAUUGUUGAAAGUUCAAGUUUUCUUUUGUGCAAAGUGCACUGGUGUCCGAAAGCUAGUUGUGGGGUUUUUGUUUUAUGUUGGAGCUGUCUCAAUUUUAUUGCUGCUUCACCUUUAUUAUUAUUACUAUAUUUCUUUUAAAAAAAGAUUUGCUCGUUCCUUUCUAGUGGUAGAAACUACUUUACUCGAAAUUUAAUGAAAAUGAAGUGCGAGAAGACGCUCAUUAUUCUAGUCUUCCUGAUUUCUUGUACAAUUUAUAUUCUUAGUAUUUACGGCAUAAUUAAGACUUCUUACUAACAUGGCUGCUUCAUUGUAGGAGGACUGACCAACGGUAGUGGUCGCUAUAUCUCUGCAGCCCCUGGAGCAGAAGCAAAGUAUCGCAGUGCAGCAAACACCUCCAGUCUUUUUAGCUCCAGCAGCCAAUUGUUUCCUCCUUCGCGCCUCCGUUACAGUCGGUCUGACAUUAUGCCUUCUGGACGUAGUAGGUUACUGGAAGAUUUCCGAAACAAUCGCUUCCCUAAUCUUCAACUAAGAGACUUAGUUGGACACAUAGUUGAGUUUUCACGGGACCAGCAUGGCUCUAGGUUAGUAUUUGUAACUUAUACUGAUGAGUUUGGAGAACACUUACAAUGAUAAACAUUCCCUUUAAUUGGGUCUUGCGGAGAAACACAUGGUAUUUCUGUCAUUUUAAUUCUCAACGUGAAAAGAGCUAGAGCUUCCUUCUUAAUGGGCCUUUUCAGACAGUGCAUAGUUACUUUAGGAGUAAGCAGGCGUGGCCAUCUGGCUUUCAAGCCCGUCUUCUAAAAAAAAAAAAAAAAGGCUAACAUGAGAGAAAUCUUCAUUCUGAGUAAUGAAUCACAAGCAAUUUACAUGGAUUUCAUUCCACUGAAGUUGACGAUUUCAUCCUAGUGUAGUCAUAAUAAAUAAUGGAGAUAUUAAUUUACAGUAAUCUCUUCUAGGACUAUGCCACAGUAGCUUACCAGUUACAAUUUAACUAAAAUUUCAUAAACUUGUAAAGAAACCAAAUAUCCUGGAGGAUAUUUGAUACUAUUGGAUCCCUUCCAAUCGGUAUUCAGGCCUCACCAUGGGCCUGAAACUGCCUUGGUUGCGCUGGGCUAGGGACAAAGGUGAGAGCUGUUUCCUAGUUCUGCUGGAUCUCUCAACGGCCUUUGACACCAUCGUCCAUAACAUCCUUCUGGACCGUCUAGAGGGGCUGGGAGCUGGGGGCACUGUUAUACAGUGGUUCCGCUCCUUUCUCCUGGGCCGUGUCCAGAAAGUGGUGUUGGGGGAUGAGUGUUCAGACCCCUGGGCUCUCACAUGUGUCCCUCAGGGUUCCGUCCUCUCCCCCAUGCUUUUAAUAUCUAUAUGAAGCUGCUGGGAGAGAUCAUCAGGGGGUUUGGGCUGGGUGUUCAUCAGUAUGCAGAUGACACCCAGCUCUACCUCUCUUUUAAAUCGAAACAAGUGAAGGUGGUGAAGGUCCUGUAAGGUGCCUGGAGGCGGUUGGAGUCUGGAUGGUGGCUAACAGAUUGAGGUUGAAUCCUGACAAGACAGAAGUACUGUUUUGGGGGGACGGGGUGGGCAGGUGUGGGGGACUCCCUGGUCCUGAAUGGGGUAACUGUGCCCCUGAAGGACCAGGUGCACAUCCUGGGAGUCAUUUUGGACUCACAGCUGUCCAUGGAGGUGCAGGUUAAUUCUGUGUCCAGGGUGGCUGUCUAUCAGCUCCAUCUGGCUCGCAGGCUCAGACCCUACCUGCCCGCGGACUGUCUCGCCAGAGUAGUGCAUGCUCUAGUUAUCUCCCGCUUGGACUACUGCAAUGCGCUCUACAUGGGGCUACCUUUGAAGGUGACCCAGAAACUGCAAUUAAUCCAGAAUGCGGCAGCUAAACUGGUAACUGGGAGUGGCCGCCGGGACCAUAUAACACCGGUCCUGAGAGAUCUUCAUUGGCUCCCAGUACGCUUCCAAGCACAAUUCAAAGUGUUGGUGCUGACCUUUAAAGCCCUAAAUGGCCUCUGUCCUGUAUACCUGAAGGAGCAUCUCCACCCCCAUCAUUCAGCCCGGACACUGAGACCCAACGCCGAGGGCCUUCUGACUGUUCCCUCACUGCGAGAAGUGAGCUUGCAGGGAACCAGACAGAGGGCCUUCUCGGUAGUGGCGCCCGCCCUGUGGAACGCCCUCCCAUCAGAUGUCAAGGAAAUAAGCAGCUAUCCUAUUUUUAAAAGAAAUCUGAAGGCAGCCCUGUUUAGGGAAGUUUUUAAUAUUUAAUGCUGUAUUGUUCUUAACACUUGAUUGGGAGCCGCCCAGAGUGGCUGGGGCAACUCAGCCAGAUGGGCGGGGUAUAAAUAAUAAAAUUCUUACUCUUAUUCUUAUGUUAUUUUCAGUUUGUUUGUUUUUACUACUUUGCUCUAGUUAUUCGACUUCUAUUCAACUUGAGGUUUUUACUUAUGUACAAUUCUGGUGCUUACAGAUUUAUACAGCAGAAAUUAGAAAGAGCCACUCCAGCUGAACGUCAAAUGGUAUUUAGUGAGAUUCUGCAAGCAGCAUAUCAGCUGAUGACGGAUGUGUUUGGCAACUAUGUCAUACAGAAAUUCUUUGAGGUAAGUGCAUAAAGGAAGCUGUUCAAAGGUUUUUAACCUCUGAGUUUGUUCUGAUGGGGGGGAAACCCAGACUAUAUUCCGACUCCCCUGUUUGUGGUGUUGAAGGCUGCUCACAUGCUUUUCUUUCCAGCUUUCCACAGGUUUGAAUAAUCCACUGAUAGGCGAUUUAACUUUCUUAUAGUGGCGUGAGAUGACUUUCAUAGUAACACGCAGAGAGGUGUGUUUGGUUUUUGUUAACAGUGCCUUCCCUUCUCUCGUAGUUUGGAAGCAUAGACCAGAAGUUAGCCCUUGCUACGCGCAUUCGUGGGCAUGUUCUCCCAUUAGCUCUGCAGAUGUACGGUUGCCGUGUAAUUCAGAAAGCCCUUGAGUCUAUCUCACCUGACCAGCAGGUAAUUGUAAGUUAGAACAAUAUUUUUGUAUUCCAUUACAAAAAAACCCACAAAUGUAAAAUGUUUCCUGUUUUGCUUUGCUGGGAAACGUGCUUGUAACAAUAUAGUAGUCUGAUUCUUUAUAGAAGGCACGAUUCUUGUUAAAUCAUAAUUGGGAAAUGCACACUUGCGGGGAAAGUAACCUGUUACGGACCUGUGUAACCUGGUAAUGCCAAAUUAUUCCUCUGUAGAAUGAAAUGGUGAAGGAGCUCGAUGGGCACGUCCUGAAAUGCGUGAAGGAUCAAAAUGGAAACCACGUGGUACAAAAAUGUAUAGAAUGUGUCCAGCCCCAGUCACUCCAAUUUAUUAUUGAUGCUUUCAAAGGACAGGUAAUUAGUUUUUUUAUAUUUACUUUUUUUAACUGAAUGGUUACUAUCCAUAAUCACAGCUUUUCAGAUAACAUUGGUUAGCACGCUGUUGCUAAUAUAGUCUUCCUAAGUGUGUCUCAUUUGUUUAGGGUCCUAUCCAGUGCUGUUGUUCUGCUGGUGCAAUGGAACAUUAUUUCCCCUGAAACCCUCCCCUCCGAACCCUCAAAAUCUGAUCCAGGGAAGACCCUCUGCAGCAGGCCAAGGAAGGGAAGCUCCACCAUGUGAGCAGAACUCUGUGCACACAGGGUCGGAUGCAACCCUUAAUUUGCCACGCAGGGCCAAGCCAAGACAUUUAGCCACCUGAGGCAAACUACAAAAUGGCUUCCCCCUCUCCGCCAGGGAAGAAACGGGGAGUGAAGAUUGACGUCAGGAAUAAAGGGGGCAUAAAGAUCUAUAUGGGAUCCGUUGCCCUGUGGAUCGUGCCGCCUGAGGCAGUUGCUUUACCUGGCCUCAUGGGUGGGCCAGCCCUGCACAGGCCCCUCUGCUCAGAGGGAGCAUGGCCCACCUAUAUUCAGAAGUUCUGGUUGGUCACCAACUUCAUCAGCUGCAGGGAUAUGGUUGCAUGCAUCCACUGGCAGGCUCUGUGCUUACCACGGCAGUGCAAAUGAGCGGGGUGGCAGGCAGAUGAGGGCGAGAAGCUCACUAUGUCCCUUGCUGCCUUUGGGUCUUUGGUUACUGGCAUCAGGAAGCACACACAGCCUGGGAUGUAUGCUGCUUCUUGGGGUUGCAGUAUACUGUUCUCCAUAAGAAAAGCUUGCUAGUCGCUCCCCCUUUUUUUCUCUGUAGCAAGUCACCAAAGAAAGAAAAGUUUGCUUACCUAUGUAUGAUGAGAGUGGCAUGUGCUUUGGAGUCUCUGCAUGCAUUGCUCUGCCCUGCCAGGUUGGUUCUGAACAGGGAAGAGCUUCCCUGUCAUACAGAAUCUCAGUUUAGAUAAGUGGCUUUGCUUCAUGAAGACUCCUGGUUAUUUUGCAGUAUUGGGGUCGGAGAGCUUUAAAUAAUGCCAAUAUAUUUGGCAUCUGGCAACCAUUGCACCCCUUCGGUUUCCGAUGGUACAUGGGUAGAGAAGUAUAAAAAGCCUGGGACACAACCGUCUAGCCUAAAUACAGAAAUAUUUAAAGGUAAAGGGACCCCUGACCAUUAGGUCCAGUCGUGACCGACUCUCGGGUUGCGGCGCUCAUCUCGCUUUAUUGGCUGAGGGAGCCGGCGUACAGCUUCCAGGUCAUGUGGCCAGCAUGACUAAGCCCCUUCUGGCAAACCAGAGCAGCGCACAGACACGCCAUUUACUUUCCCGCCAGAGCAGUACCUAUUUAUCUACUUGCACUUUGACGUGCUUUUGAACUGCUAGGUGGGCAGGAGCAGGGACCAAGCAACGGGAGCUCACCCAGUAACGGGGAUUCGAACCGCCAACCUUCUGAUCGGCAAGUCCUAGGCUCUGUGGUUUAACUUACAGCGCCACCCGCAUCCCCUACAGAAGUAUUUAGCCUAGCCUAAAUACAGAAGUAAUGUAUUUGGCAUUAACUUGGGAAGUGUACACUCGAUUCUAACCAAACUAAGCCUCCUGGUGUAUGUUGUGCUCUAGGAGGCUUAGUUUGGUCAGAACUGAGUGUACACAUGAAUAAUAAUAAUAAUAAUAAUCUGUUGGGAGCUGCCCAGAGUGGCUGGGGAAUGAAUGAAUGAAUGCAUGAAUGAAUAAAUGAAUACUACUACUACUUGUUGUUGUUACUACUACUACUACUACUACUACUACUACUACACUUCCAGAGUUAACACUAAAUACAUUAUUUCUGGUAAAUGAGCCACCAUAGCUGCUAGAGGGCCAUGAAAAUUUGUGUCCCUGGCUUUUUAGACUCGUCUACCCUUGUACUACCUGAAACCAAAGGGCACAUUAGUUCCCAGAUGUGAAUUUUUUUCAGCUGUCCUACCCCACUGCAUUGGUCUUCAGAAUACAGACCCCUUCACAUAUUAAACUCUGUAAUGGGACGUGAAGAAAAAGUUCCUGUCUUGUGCAACAGGGGAUCAAAAUUUUCCUAUAGGUGCGGUGUAAUUUCUUGCCAAAGGGAAAAUGCACGAAUAUCUGUGUUCGGUGUUACACAAUAUAUUAAAAAGUAAAAGUCACUUGUUCUCCCUCCUUCCAAAAACCAUGUUUACAUCGAAUGUUUUUCAAUAAUGUGGUGUAAUUAAAGAUAGGAAAAUCUCCUUUUGAGCACCUGAGGCAUCUUCAUCUGGAAUAGAGCAAAUUUAAUGCAGUGUGUGUUAAUAAUUACAAUCCUGUCGUUUUAAGGUGUUUGUGCUUUCAACUCAUCCUUAUGGCUGCAGAGUAAUUCAACGUAUUCUGGAGCACUGCACUGCUGAACAGACACUUCCCAUUUUAGAAGAACUGCAUCAGCACACAGAACAACUUGUGCAGGUUGGUGUACACUGAAAUAUUAUGGGGAGCACAAAAUAUAUUGUGUAGCUGUAUUUUUAUUAGCAAACAUUAAUCAGAGUUUGGGUAUAUUGGAAGUAAAUUGUUUAAAAAAGUUCAUGUCAACCUUUUCAGUUAUUAGAUUUUUGGUGUAGUAUCUGUUGGGCAUUAUCAGUUUCCCUAUAUAACUUUAAAUGCUACAGUUCCAAAACAUGGGUAUGUAAGAGUGGUCUCCUCUUCAACUUAGGUUUUUUGGGCGCUUUAAAAAAUGCUAAACUAAUGUAUAUGCUUGAGACAACUUAAGUGUGUUACUUUCAGGAUCAAUAUGGGAACUAUGUUAUUCAACAUGUGCUGGAACAUGGACGUCCUGAAGACAAGAGUAAAAUUGUGUCUGAAAUCAGAGGCAAGGUUCUAACUCUGAGUCAGCAUAAAUUUGCCAGGUAUAGUUAACAGUGAAUUACUAAUUGCUGUUUAAUAUUGGGCAGUGAAGGACUGCUUUAUUAUUCCUUUCUGUGCCUUUAUAUCUGCCUUUCUUUCAUCUUGGAACCCAAUGCAGUCACCCCUUUAAGGCACCGACCAAACCCAGACCUGAAAUAUAAUAGGGUCAGUUUAGCUAUUGCUACUCCUAAGUGCUCCACAGGAUAACUCAAAAGACUUGGGCCACGUGAUGGGAACCCAAGCUGGGAUUCCUCCCUUUGCAAGCAUCGCCUUUCCUAAAAAGUGGGCAACACUGCCAUGGGGAAUGGUUGUACUUCUCUCUGAUGGAAAUGAGAAUGUGAUGCUCCCUCUUCUGACACAAGGAGGAGUCAUUUCAGCAGAAUCUGCACCUCAGAGGUUAAUGUACAUGAGAGGCCACAGGGAUAGAUUAGCACAAUACAGUAAUGUUGUGUUGUCUCAUAGUUUAAGUGCCAUGUAUUUCAUUUCAAUGUGUAGCGUUUAAUCUGCUUAGUAAUGUAUUUAGCUGGAUCUAAUUUGUCUCUUUAUCUAUUCUUUAUUCCAUUCCAUUCUGUAAUCUUUCCUGUAUUCUGUUCCGUAAUCUUUUUCAGCAAUGUGGUAGAAAAAUGUGUCACUCACGCAUCUCGUGCGGAAAGAGCUUUACUUAUUGAUGAAGUGUGUUGCCAGAAUGACGGUCCUCACAGUGCCUUAUACACCAUGAUGAAGGACCAAUAUGCAAACUACGUUGUUCAGAAGAUGAUUGACAUGGCUGAACCUGCUCAGCGAAAGAUUAUAAUGCACAAGGUAAUUGUGCAUAUCUGCUCCAGACUUUGAAAGAACUCUUAAUUUAAAAAUCAUUUCCCAGCUUUUGCAAACUUUGGAUAACUCUUGCAUGCUUUUGUGUCUGACAGUUUCUCUCUCUCCCCCACAACCCAAUAACUCCAUGUUUUAAUUCCUCAUUUUGUAAGUAGCAUAACUGAAAAUAGGAUGAAAGUUAAUGAUACUGAUUUCAAAUAGGUUCUUUAAAAUUUCUGUGUUGUUCAUAUGAAAAAGGUAAAGGUUAAGGACCCCUGGAUGGUUAAAUCCAGUCAAACAUAACUGUGGGGUGUGGCACUCAUCUCACUUCAGGCUGAGACAGCAUUUGUUCACAGACAGCUUUCCGGGUCAUGUGGCCAGCAUGACUAAACCACUUCUGGUGCAACGGGACACCGUGAUGGAAACCAGAGCGCACGGAAAUGCUGUUUACCUUCCCGCUGCUGCGGUACCUAUUUAUCUAUUUGCAUUGGUAUGAUUUUGAACUGCUAGGCUGGCAGGAGCUGGGACAGGGCAACGGGAGCUCACCCCGUCGUGCGGUUUCGAACCACCACCCUUCUGAUCCGCAAGCCCAAGAGGCUCAGGUUCAUAUAAAUAUGGAUGGAAAUGAUAAUUUAUUCAACCUGGAUAGCUCUGUUGGUUGGAGCGUGGUGCUGAUAAUGCCAAGAUUGCAGGUUCAAUCCCCGUAUGGGGCAGCUGCAUAUUCCUGCGUUGCAGGAACGAGAAGAUCCUCAGGUGUUCUUCCAUCUCUAUGAUUCAACAGUAACCAUGCUUUUUUACUAGACUGUAGAUACACACCUGGUUGCAAAUAAUGUUGAACUACAGUGGUGCCUCGCAAGACGAAAUUAAUUCGUUCUGCGAGUUUUUUCGUCUUGCGAAUUUUUCAUCUUGCGAAGCACGGUUUCCCAUAGGAAUGCAUUGAAAAUCAAUUAAUGCGUUCCUAUGGUCAAAAAAAGUCCAAACCAAGCCAAAUUUGGUACAAAAAUAGUUUAUUAAGUGAUCGCUCUUUAAAGUCACACAUACUGUAAAGAGCAUUUCAAAAAUUGAAGGAACAAUAAUUUAAGUUUCUAAACAUGACAGAAAAGCAUUUAAAACUCACCAAAGUGUACUGUACAUACAUUUUCUAAGACUCUGGGGGACAACUCGAAGAAGGUUCCUCUUCCACUCUUUGCUUCUUGCUGAAGAACCUGACCCCCCCCCCAGCCACCCACCACACAGAAAUCCAAACCCAGAAUUCUUUUUUUAAAAAAACAGCAGAGUGCCCCAAUGGUCACAAAAAAUCAUAAAAAUGCAGGAAAAAAACCACAAGCUUCCAGAUUCUUGCAAACCCCUCCCCAACACCAAGUCCUUGAAUUCCAAACACCCCAACCCAAAAUCCAAAAACCCCAAAAAGUUUUAAAAGUUUAACUUACCAAAUGGCUGCAAAAGAAGUUUUGGAAAAGCUUCAAAAAUCACCAAAGUCUUCAAAAACCUCAAAAAAGGCUACCACACCGCGUGCUAUGAGUUGCUCCUCGAAGUCAAGUCGCAACUGCACCUCUUCAAGCAAUGCACCCUGGGUAUUAACGGUUUUAAGAAAAAGGAAACAAACUUGCAAGACGUUUUCGUCUUGCGAAGCAAGCCCAUAGGGAAAUUCGUCUCGCGAAGCAACUAAAAAAACGAAAAACUCUUUCGUCUUGCGAGUUUUUCGUCUUGCGAGGUACCACUGUAUAGCUAAAUGUGAACAAGCAGCAUGCUUGUGUGUAAUGCCUGCUUCACUCUUUCCAUGCUUUAUUACUUAUAUGCAGUGCUUUUUUCUGGGGGUACGCAUACCCCUAAACAUUUUGUGAAUCUAAGUUUGGCCUCAUUGAGGGGCAUUAUUUCAAUAUGAGUAGGAAAAUGAGAGUACCCCAAAACAUUUUUUAAAGAAAAAAACCACUGGUUAUAUGUAAUACAUGAUUCUCCCAGUUUAGCCUCACAGUGAGGUCGGUUAGGCAGAGAGUGAGUGGCUGACCCAAACCAUUGAGCUUCAGUGCUGAGUGGGGAUUUGAAUCCUGGUCUCCAAGGUGCUGCUCUUGCACUGCCCAGAAACAUUCCACAAUGUGGCUUGUUGUGAUGCCUGAACUGGGUUCAUUCCUCCUCUCCAAACAAACCAUGUUCAGAAGCCAAAUUUUGUUCUUGGCUUACCUCUUGUUUGUUCGGAGAAGCAAACUACUAGCUUGGAUGUGAACAUCAUUGUCUGUGAACUCUUGUGAAGGGAAGGCUUAAAGGAAGACAUAUCUGCCCCAGUAGAAGAGUUCCUUGCUAGGAAGCAGUGGAUCAAAAUGUAGUACAGUGGUACCUUGGUUCUCAAACUUAAUCCAUUCUGGGAGUCCAUUCGACAACUAAGGCGAGGCUUCCGAUUGUCUGCAGGAGCUUCCUGCAUCAGAUGUUCGGUUUCCGAAAAACGUUCGCAAACCGGAACGCUUAUAUCUGGGUUUGUGGUGUUCAGGAGCCGAUUUGUUUGACAAAUAAGCCGUUUGGGAACCAAGGUACCACUGUAAUUUUUCUUACGCCUGGUCCUCACUUGGGUUCAUCUUAAAUAUUAUUUGUCUCUGAAGAUUUUAUCAUUGAUCUCGGAGUUCAUAAACAUUAAUGUAAAACUAACAAAGAUGUCUUGAAUAUUCUGCUUCAGUUUAUCAUCUGCUCUCUUCGUGAUAGGAAUGUUUUGACUAAAACCUGGAUUUUCUUAUUGCAGAUUCGCCCCCAUAUUACCACCCUGCGCAAAUACACCUACGGCAAACAUAUCCUUGCCAAGCUGGAAAAGUAUUACCUGAAGAACAGUGCUGACCUGGGCCCAGUUGGAGGGCCACCCAAUGGAAUGCUUUAAGGACACAUUCAGAAAAUCUUGAAGAUGAAUUUUAUUGUGAAUUAUCAAAACAUACAACUUAACUCAAAACGUUGUGAUUUUUUUUAUAUAAAAAAACCCCCUAUUUAUUGACUCUUCAUGCAUUUGUAAAAAUUUUUAUUCUUGUGUAUAUUUUUGGGGAAUGAAUUGCAACAUAUUGCCAUUUCUUAUCAGAGACCUAUCAGAUUGUGUGGCUCACAAAGCACAGAAUGCCUGUAAAUGAUGUAACUAUCCGAAUAGCUCUCACAUUUUGUAAAUUUUUACCUUGUAAAGUCAUUGAAUAAAAUAGUUUUUAAAGGGAAAAAAAAGUACAGUAUUCUUUUAAUAUACUGGCUCACAAUCUGGUAGGUCUCCCCAACAUCACAGCACAUGUUUAUAUAGUUGUAUAUAGAAAUUAGUUUAAUUUCUCCCCCCACCCCUUUGUGCGGAAUCCUUUUUUUAUAACAGAUGAAAAUAGAUGAUUGCAUAAUUAUUAUUUAACAUGUUACAGAAAGUUAAGUUCUGUAUUUUGGUGGUUCACAAUUUUAUAAUCCAAAUAGCAAUCAGGGCACUGAAGAAUAUCAGUAAGGAAUGAUAAAAUGUGAACAUUGAGGAAUAGUUUCUACCUUUUUACUUUGGAAACAAUUUUCCUUUUUCUUUUAAUGUAAUGUGCCCUUUUCUCUAGCAGUGUAUAAAAGCCAUGUAUAUACUUAAAUAUUUAAUUGAUGUGCAAGAUAGGGGAAUAAAAAUCAAGGUGGUACUUUGGUCCAGCAACGUACUGUCUGGGAAAAGAGUAAACCUGCAUUAAAAUAAUAGGCAGUCAGUGGGCAUAAGGUGUGUGCUUUGCUUUGCAUAUACAAUUGUAAGACAGGAUUUGAAAGUGUUGAUAGGCUUUGUGUUCUCACAGGUAGCUGCAAACGGUAGGCAGUUAAUGGUGGAGGAAAGGCCUACUGAGACUUUGAUAGCUCAACAUCUAAAGCAUGAUUAAAUAUUCAAAUAACUUUUUGCUUCCUUAUAAAUAUAAGCAUUAUAUAAGUAUAGUUAAUAGAUGUAAGUUUACCGUUUGUAAGCAGAUUUCUUGUUUUCAAUGUUUUACAAGCCUUGCUAAUUGAGUAGUGACGCUUACUUUGGUUGUACAGAUGUACAUUUGUAAACCUCCAUGCUGUAAAUGUAAUUUGUUUUACCCCUUUUGGGAAGAAAAUUUGCAUUUUAGUGUAUAUUCAUACCCCUGUCCCUUUUUUGCCCUGACAUAGUGUUGUAUAAUGUAAAUUUAUUUCAGCAAAUCAAGACUGAUUUUUUAAAAGAUUCUAUCUUUAUAUGGUUUCAGAACUACGAACCAGCUUUCUUUUAUCUAUUAUGAGGAAAUGUUUUUGUUUAACAUAGUUGUUCUGUUAAUAUGGAUAUUUGGGGAACUUAAUCAGUUUAAACAUUAAUGAGAAUAAAGGCAAAUUAAUGGACUGAAAUACUGACCACACAAACCAGUGCUUCUUCCAUCUUAAAUGUGGCACGAUUUGUUUUUGUACAGAAGAGUACUGUAUUUUUGGACAGCUUACUUCAUCCUAAAGCAAAUAUGUAUGAUACUGUCAAUUUUUCUCUGAACAAGACACUGUAACAGUAAGAUAAAAGCUGUACAUUUACAAGCGGCCUUAUGUACAUUUCCCAGUUUCCUUUUUAAGGCAGAAUUGUGACCAUAUGUGUAUAAUUAAAAUCCUUUUUAAUCCUUUGCCUAUGAAAAUAUUUUGGAAAGAAGCUUACUUUGUAUAUUCAGUUUCGGAAAGAUAAAGUGCUUUGUAUUUUGUUCAAGUCAGUAUUUUGUGUAAACACUUCAUUUUGAUGUCAUAACAUAGGUGCUUUGUCUCAAAGCUGCUGGAAGUAGUGAUGUGACUAUAGAUUGCAUUGAAACCUUUUGUGGAGAGGCCUAGAGAGAAGAUAGGAGAGCAACAUGUCAUCUCAUUUACAAAAUGCUCAUUUUUAUUAAAAAUAUAAUCACAGCAUACAGACAUUUGCUUACAACAAAAUUUAGUAUGUUGAUAAUUUAACACAACUGCUCAACAGUUACUUACACCUUAAAAUAACUCAAGUAUCUCUCACAAUUUGAAUUUAUAUAGUAGUUUCCUCCUUUCCCUAUAUUUAACUUUUGAAUUUAAGUUUAAUGACAGUUAUAGAACAUUUUCCCAGUAGAUACAGGAAACUACUAAUCUUUCCAGGGAGUUUGCCAUUGGAUAUGGUGGUUCAUGAGAGGGGAGGUGUGUAAUACCUCUAGUCUAUCAAGUUAAAAUUUCUUCCAUUUGUCUCAAACAGUCUUCAAACAAUAAUUCAGUAUUCUUUGGUACAUUUCACGUCUGUUCUGUAACCUGUUGGCUGGCCUAAGUGGCAUAGUUAUACUCUAAUAAUAUUUUAUCUUCUGUUAAUCUGACCAAUACUUUCUCUAAUCAGUUGUAUAUUUCUGCAGAAGUAGUGUAGGAAACCAAGCAUACUUUCCCACAUAAUAAUCUUUCUUGGUUUGAGGAUGUUCUUCCCACUACAGUCUCUUCCCAAUGUAGAUUUGGUUAUGGAACAUUUUUUCCUAGUCUGUUUAGGUCUGUUCUGCCUCUAGGCUGCUCUUAGUUCAUAUUGAAUAAUGUAAUGUUCACUUGUAAUAUGCUGUAAAGAAAACAACAAAAUGAAAAUGUGUGAAUAACUUUAUGCAA